AGGCGCGUCAUUCCAGCGGAUGUGAGCUUGAGUUCAAUUUCACCUGAAAACCUCUGCCAAAAUACUCUUCUUACAGUAUGAUACAAUGCUGACACAAGUUGGAUUAUAGAAUACUUGAAGUUUAAUCAGACAUGGAUUUAUCCAGUUUUGUUCUUAACGGAGUGGUCUCGCUUAUUCUGUUGAGUUGUCGUGCUGAACUUGCAAGCGGUACGUGUGUACUAUGUGCUGUAAGCUUAACUUGAAUUAAGUAAAUUACUAUUUAUCUUCGAACUUGACGGUACAACUUUAAAAACCUUUUUUCGGUUAAUUUUUUGUCGUUUGAGGCACUUUGUGAAGUUGUUUUGUCUUCGACUGUUAGAAAUUUCUGCUGUUAAGCCUAUAUUUUAUAAUGGUUGUCGUGGUGUUUGUUAGUGAUUCACGCCAUGAGGCUCCAAUUGGCCAUGCAUCAAAGCGUUGAUCAAUCUUUUGCAGCUCAUUCUGUAAUUUGAAACCACGAGAAACAAAGGUUAGGCGCCAUUUUCAACUUGAUUUGGUUGCAAACUUUGCAAUGAAAGGAAACGGCGCCGUACAAAGCUACACGUGUUCCGUACAGCCUUUUUCAAACAAACAUAAUAACGUGAAAAGAGCGAUCUUUUGUCUAUCAAAGAUCUGUUAAAAGGGAUUUUAUGGCUGUUAAUCAAAUUGUCAACAAGCUUGGCUUCCAUUACGUACAUUCAGUGAAGCAAUUGAGGUACAUUCUAUCGCUUCAUUCUUGCCCGUAAAAAAUCUCUGGUCAUGCUUAUUUUAUAUGUUCUUUGACAUUCCUUCAGGCGUGUCAAAUUCGGCCUUUGACCACAGUUGGAAAGAUAUUAAUGAUUGUUUACUUAAAUUCCUGUCACAGAAUCUAAUAUAAGAUCACACAUUCACAUAUACAAUACCGAGCUGCGAGCUGUUUAAAAAAGAUUAAUAAAUUUCGUAUGAAAUAUUGAUUUAUCAGCUCGAAAUAAGACAAGUCAAACCCUUUAACUAGUAAAGUGCAAUUUUGUCGUGUGUCAUUUUAGCUUUAUUUUUUAAUUUUUUUUUUUAGAAUUUAGAUUUUAGAUUUUAACUUUUAUUUUAUUGAAUGUAAAUUUUUAGGUAGCUAGUGCAGGUCCACAUCAGGACUCUGGUCUUGUCAAUUGUUAUAACCUGCUUUUAAAUAAACCAUUUAUGUAAUGUGAUGAGAAGAUUGACAGCCAUUUUUGUUCUUUCUUUGAUUACCCUGUGAGCCUGCAAAGCUUUACUCAGCUUUACCAUAUUUAUAGCACCUACGUGUAAGACAGUUACUACUUGUAUGCCUAAUAUAUGAUAACGUCACUCCAUAAUUAGGCUUCUGACGUUCAGUAGGAUCCGAUUAUACAAAACUUGGUCAAUCUGGACUUCUCACUAACUUGAACUAAUUUUCCUUAAAUCCCUUUGGCUAGAUGGUCUUUUUAACCUGCUAUCUUAAACCCCCACCAUUUAGUUUUUUUUUGGUUUCCUUUGGGAGUUUGAUUUCGUUAGGCAGCAUGAAGCUGUACUUGUCACUUGAGACCUAGAUAGUUAUGCUUCACUGAAAUAAACAAUGCAUUGCAGUUGUACACAACCUGUCAACAGAUCUGUGCCUUCUGGAGCGCGACAGUUUAUUAGGAAGAAACCUCACCUGCUAAAUCUGUAUUUUAGGCUUCUGUAAACUCUUUGUUUACAAACUUGUUGCCUCAUUUGUAUGUGUUAUCAUAAAUUAUUCUUUAAUAUUUAUAAUCAAGCUAUGUAUGUUUACUCUUUGUGACACUCCAGGUAUUGUAAAUGUAGAGUGCCAUAAUGGUGCAAUUAGCUGUCUAUGCAAAUUCGACCCCAAUAUGCUUCUGUGGUACUUGAAAAACUUAGAUCAUUAUAUGGCUUAUUUGGUGCCAAUAUGCCAAAUUGCGAAUUUUUGCAUAAAUCUGCAUAAUUAUAGAUUAAGCAAGAUAUAAUUUGUGUUGUCGGUGGAAAUCAUAAAUUGUUGCUGGGAAAACAGAAGUACACUGAUUUCAGUAAAUGUGUGUGUAUAUACGGUACUUAUGUAUUGUUGAUUCAGAGGAAGUCAGUAUUUGCGUAUACUGCUGAGAUUCAUGUGAUACUGGCCAAUGAUGACAAGUAACAUUUGUGGAAUUCAACUAGUUGAAUACUGUUUAUCAUAGUGUUAAUUACAGUCAUAUAGUGUCCUUAUAAUUACAUGUACCAAUAAAUGUUACAUUAAUGACAGAGCAGUCAUUAAUGGCUGUAACCUGUAACACCUGUUAUGGCUGAGCUCAUUUGAUGUUACUAGUGAUCAAAGUGGAAAGCAAAAGAUGACACUUUAAAUUUUUUGAGAUGUUAUGGAUGAAUCUUUAUUAGCUAUGGCUGCUUCCAAACUUAAUGACAUCCCUGAAUUACAUCAGUUAUUUAAUAUUUUCGUCAAGAACAUGCCCAAAUGUGUAUAUUUUUGAUUUUAUUUGUUAGUAGUUGUAUUGAUAUUAUAACACUAAGACUGACGCCUUUUUGACAAGUUAGUUGCAUUAAAAGAUGCUAUUACCCAUACAGUCUUGUCUGAACAGGAUCUGCUAUCUUCUGGUUUAUAGCAUAGCAACUUUAUAAACAGUUACUUAAUCAAGAAGUGUGUGAGUCAUGCAUCACCAUAGAUUGAAUAAUAAUUAGUACUGAAGCCAUCAAUAGGAAUGCCGUCAGUUAAGUCUUUAGAGUAUCUUAAGUAGUUGCCAUUGAAUCAAUAAGUAAUAAUGCAACAGAAGAUUUAUCAACUAUUAAAAACUAUCUGUAGACCUGUUUAUUUUAUAAUUAUGUUAGUUAUAGAAUAAAUUAUUAAUAGUGAUUUUAACAUGGACAUGUUAGAAUCAUGUUUGUGUCCCAGCAUCAACAAAACCUAGAUUAGAUCAUCCCCUGUUAUCCUACCUCUACCCUAUUGUAAUUUAGUGAGCUACAAGGAUAACAUUAUCUGAUUCAGGUUUUGUUGAUGUCUCAGGUGUCCUUAAUUUGACAGCACAGGACUCAAAGCUCUGACUGUUUUGAUCACCAUAGCAAGAGGAGAAAACUGUAGGCAACUUAAACUGCAGUUAAAGCAGCCAAUUUUGUAACCUUUUUUUGGCAGUUAUAUGCCUAGCCAGAACGUUUUUUUAUUUGGUCAGUGUUUAUGGCUGUGGGAUAAAAAUUAUUAAAUUUGUCCAGUUAUUAAAGUUUUGAGAUGCGUGUUCCUCCAAAUUCAGUUUCUAUGGUUCAGGGCAGCCAUUAGUGUACACUAUAUUAUUUAAACCAUUAAGGUAAUAUUGGGCAAAGUGUCCUUUUUUCUGGUGCCCGUUCUUUAAGUCUGGGACUUUUUAAUUUUAGAGCAUUUUUGAAAAAAGUUGUGCCUGGAACACUGUUUAAAUUCUGUUAUUUGUAACUUAUUUAUUGUUGUGUGUAUUCUCCCUACCAUACUGUGAGUAAAACUGUGAAAGGUUUGAACCCAGGAGUCAUUUCAUAAGUUUGUUAAGUAUGAUUGUCUAGGUGAACGUAGUCCUGAAUAGGACUGUUGUUUACAGUGAUUGACAUUUUGACAACCUGUGUAGUAGUCAUCUUCAGAGUCAAAGUGAGUUGUAUCAUGUCAGUUUAUGCUAUUAAACGCUGCUUAUUGAUCUGAUUGGUCAAUUACAGUGUAAGUCGCAAUGUUAUUGGUCAUCUGCCAGUUAAGCCGUGAUGCUAUUGGCUAUGAAGACUGCUAUCAACUGAGGUUGAAGAUGACUACCACAAAGGUUGUUGGAACGUCAGUCACUGUCAACAACAGUCCUAUUUAGGACUAUGUAUAUGAGUUCAACCUACUUAUACUGUGAGUGUUGUAGCUUAUAUUUUUCUUGAGUUUGUUUGUUUUAUUUUAGUCUUGUUUUCACCGUAGAAUUUUCUGUGAACAAAUUGCACAAUUGUCUGUGAAAAUAAGACACUAUUGGUAUUUCACUAUUGGAAUUUUGGAAAAUAUUUAUAAACUUAAUUAAGGAAUUUUAACUGCUUUGCAAUCAUGAAAUAUGGCUUAUGAGAUGGCAGUUUUGGAACUUCAUUUCUGAGUUCUUUAUUAUAUUAGUAUAAAAAUCUUGCCAAAAGAAAAUUCUUAAACUUACAGGGUUGCUGUCAUGCAGGUAGAGAAAGGUAGAGCAGGUCCAUUGUGUAAUGCAAAGCAGAAUUUUUUGUAGAAAAGGUACAAGGUUUGCAUAUAUGAAACUUCCUUUUUGAGUACUAUAAAAUUACUGGUAUGAAGGAAUCUUGCCAACAGGAAUCCUAAACUUGCAGGUUUGCUUUUAUGCAGGUAGACAGAAAGUGCAUGCAAUCCCUUGUAAUGCAAAGCAGAAUUUGUAGAAAAAAGUACCGUUAGGGGAAGCUAAGGUGAAAAAGGUUUGAAUUUGACAGUUUAUUUUUUAAACUCUUGUCCUAGGAGAGGAUUGUGGGCCAACAGGCUUCCGUUGUGCUGAUGGUACAUGUAUAUACAAGUCAUGGAAGUGUGACCAAGAUCUGGACUGCCCUGAUGGUAGCGAUGAAGCAGACUGUGGUAAUUAUUUACCAAGCAUUUAAUUAUGUGUUCUGUUUCACAAAUAAAUUCAAUUUUCCUGUUCAUUUAUUUGUCCAGUUAUAGAUAAAUAAAUAGGAAUUUGAAUACACAACACAAAUUUAGUACAUAUAAAUAUUAUUAUUAUUAAAUGAAGUGAGAAGAAAAAUGAAGUUAACCUGAAUAAGUGUUUUUACUUUGCAAUGAUCAUUGCCAGUUUUUCAUGGGUAAUUUUCAUAUUGGUGACCACAUUGCAAAUAGCCAUAUAAUGGCAUCUUCAUAAGGGUUAAUGACAAAGGCUUGGUUAUCUCUGUUGACUGGCUUGCCAUAGUUUCAAAUGCCAGAAGGAUGACCCUUCAGUUCUAAGAAGCUGGGUAGAUCCUGCCAUCUUUUUGGACCUUAUCUUAUCUAAGGUAACCAUAAUAGCCAAUGACGACGUUAAGCUAUUGGCCUGAACCUGUUUCAGGUUGUCUCACAGAUUGGUUGAAGAUGUAACACAUACCAGUUUUUAUAUGAUUUGAGGAUGCAUCUGUAACCUUUUUUUAAAAUCUUUUAUCUUCUUUUUUAUAUAAUGAACACAAUAGCCCUGCUAACUUUGACAAUUCCAGUUGGUGAAGGUUAAAGGAAGUAAUAAAAUUAGGGCUUUGGAACCAUGCAGCUCUACCAGUCUAAACUUUUCAGGUGCCGAAUGUAAUAUUGUUUCUUUUUUUGGUGGUCUUGGCCUCUUUCAAACUGGGUGUGAAAUGAAGUAACAGUAUGCUUUACUCAUUUUGGCAUUGUUCAUCAACUGCUCUGCAAGUUCAUUAAUGGUUCCUUCUGAAACCAUCAACAUUUGGACUUUUAAGGAAGGUCCAACACCAUUCCAUUUUUUCCUGUAACGAUUUGUCUUUGUUUUGUGGGUUUGGAACUGCAAAUCACUGUUCUAGAGGUGUACCUUUUUUCUUUUUUUGCCUCUCAAAACAAUGACAUCGGCUUGCUUUUACCAUCUAUUCACCUGUUAGUUGUAUUGGUUAAUCCUUUAACUCACCUUUUAGAGAACAUUGACUUAAGUGUUGCUCGCACUCUUUUCAGAAAGAAAUGACGCACUUGACCCAACCCUUGCCGGAAAUCAGUUAAGGCUUCUAACGCAUGAGGAGAGGGAAAGACGUUUGUUUUUGUUAGGUGUGCUUUCCAAACGUGCAACAAUUUUUCCGAAGCUGUGGACUGUUCUCUCUCUGGAGACUGAAAACCAUUCCUUCAUGGUGAAUUAGCAUUAAUACGAUCGGCGUUAUGCUGCAGCUUUAAUCAAUUCCUGCCAUUUCUGAUGAUUCGCUAUCCUUCUCUCGCUAUCGUGGGCUAUUCCGAUAAUUCCUCUCCCCGUGGUCUGUGAAGGUCAUUCUCCUCCUUCACUAUCUACACUAUCUUCUCUGUCUCUACCGCCACCACACCCGCCACCUCCAACAACAUCCCCACAAAAUCCCGCAAAGGUUCAAAUUUUGAGACGUCAUGAGGAGAAAAUACUUUCCAAGAUGAAAUAACUGCCUCGGAGAUCAAUUCAAUUAUCGCCGUAGUUAGAGGACUGUAACAUACUAAGCGACCCUUGAAAGCUAACACCACUCGAAAGUAUGGCUCCCUUUCGCCGUCGUUUUACAAAGAGUGCAGUAGUGGGGGAGAAACCGAAUUAUCCGUUUUUUUCAGGGGAAUCUCAUUAGCUUAAAGUGGAAUAAAUUAACGCCGAUGACUUCGUAACCUUUUGUCUUUAUCUCAUGAGUAAAAUGCGCAGGAAUCUCAUUAAGAUAUAGCCUGAAUUUCAUCCGAUUACUUCGAGUCCUUAUUACCCCCUCAGUGACGUCUGAAUCGACCGGCCGUUAAUGCCGUCCAGUGACGUCACUACUCCUUGACCUUUGCUUUAAUUUAUGCGAAAAGUACAACACGAUUUUUAAGUGGCAAACCGAGACAUAUCGUUUGGAAAUGUCUGCAUGAUACAGAAUUGCUUUAUUUUUUCGAUCGUAAUUCAUGUUUAACGUUCAAACUAUCAAAUGCAUGCAGUACAACUCUGAACCCGUUGUACUGAAUUCUAUAAUCAAACUCGGUCGCAAUCACGAAAUGAAAUAAACACACACACGGAACAGUUAGUUCAAAAACACAAUGAGUUGCUUUAAUUGAAAAGAAGCUAUUCUGUCCUUAACGAAGAAAAAAAACAAGGGAACAAGAAAGAAACGCUAACAGAAUCAUUACACUUGACGGCGAAAAUAGCAAAAAGGUCGAAUUAUGACAAUGAUCCCAGAAAACUUCGCGUAAACAAAAUCAGCGGCCGCCGGAACCACAAAGUGGCUCUAAAUGAAAAACCUACCGACUCUCCGCAAUGAUUAUUCAUUCGCAGUUCAAUGUAGCAUUUCAGUUCCGAAGACAAGGGCAAUUUUUGAUGUUUAAAGAUCAAACAUCGACCCUACAUGGACCCCACACUCACCCUAUCCUCAACAAAAAACAGUAGAAAUGUGGUGUGUGGUGGCGGUGGUGGUAAAAGAGGGAAACAAUAAAAACGUGGUGGUGGUUGUGGUGGAGGAAAACAAUAGAAAUGUGGUGGUGGGAAAAAAAUGUUGGGGGUAGGGUCAUUGUGGGGUCCAUGUAGGGUCGAUGUGGGGUCGAUGUACGGUAGAUGUGUGCGUGGAUAGAAAUUAAAACUAAAAAGUAAAAUCAAAAAGGGAAAUAAAUCAAUUGCGGAGGAGUAGGAGGGGUGUGGGGUAAGUAAAACAUUGUCUUUUGUGUUAAAAAGAUCUAGUUUGCCUUUGCCUUCAUUAAUAUGCACCAUUUGCCCGCCAAAAAUCAGUGAACCGGAACUAGGACAAUCAGAGCAGCAGGAAAUGGGACUUACGUUGCGUCUCAGUGAGUUUUAGUCACAUGCUGCGGUCACAUCUCCGAUGUAACUAAAGUUUAACGUAAGUUACUGUCAAGUUACGUGAUGUCAUAUGCGGUCACAACACGCAGUUAGCAACAGUUAGUUCUAAUUAGCCUAUGUAAAUUUUUUGUUUGUUGUUUCUAGUUUCCCCCUUGCUUGACGCUUGGUUUUUAUUUUGCAUAUUUAUAUAUGCUCAUCUCACACGUGCGAAAAGAAGUGUCACAUUCUGAUUGGUUGUUUGUUUGUAAACUUGACUAACCCUGCUUGGGUAUAGCUAUAGUUAGUCUGCAUUGUUUCGGAUCACCGAGGCGUAAAUUUUCUAACUAUAGUUAGAGCGAACAGAGAAGAGGUCACAUUACCGAAAUAGCUAACAAUAGUUAUCCCCGUCUUAACUAUAGUUAGUAGCCCAGAUGUGACCACAGCCAGAGACAAGUUUGACUUUAUUCCUCAGACACUAUGAAUUAACCAAUGAAAAGGUUUCUUAUUUUCUAACUAACCAAUCGAAAACGAAGACGUUUAUCGACCUUAAAGUAACUAGAAAACCUAAACCAACUAAAAAUAGCGCACGACCUUAUCCUAAUGAGAUUCCUGCGCAUUUUACUCAUGAGAUAAAGACAAAAGGUUAUGACGUCACUCGUCCACUUCAAACUAAUGAGAUUCCACUUCCAAAAACUGGAUAAUUCGAUCCCUCCUCCACUACUGAGCGCAGUCUUCUAAUGAUUACCUGAACACCACCAUGCCUUCGUUGGAGUAUAAUCUUGCUAGAGUACCGCACCUAUUCUGACAUACUGUAAACUGUCUCUUAUAAGCGCCUCCAGUUAUAGGCAAAUUUACCUGUAAACCAGAAAUUCAACCGAUUACAAACCCCCCUCUAAAUUUGAUUGUAUUUCCCCCUUGACUUAAUUGGCUGUUGGUGCACUUGGUGCACAUUUAAUGUGUCUGCUGCAUAUUGAAUUGAGACGUCAACAAGUGUUAACCUUUCCUUACUCUUGAAUUCAACAACCGAAGGUUUCUACGACCUAUGUUUAUCCAUUUGCAGGGGCGGAUCCAGGAUUUUUUUAGGAGGGGGUGCACUCGUCUCUUGUUCUACUUCAACACCAAUAAACCACAUAGUUUUUUUUUUGGCAGAAUACCAGUUGUAUUAGAAAACCGCAGGUCAUCUUAGGGGGGGGGGGGGGUGCGCACCCCCUGCACGCUCCUCCUAGAUCCGCCCCUGAUUUGCCCUUCAUGUCGUUAUUUGCCGUCCUUAUUUGCUGUUUUGUGCAAUCGUCACUUUCACUGUCAGUGUUUAAUCAUUUGCUGCCACACUGUUAGUAAUGGUAACAGGACUGAGUGGAGUCCAAUUCGGUCUGUAACCAUACGAGUGAUUAACAAAAUCGGACGACCGCGUAGUGGGAGUGACGGUCUGAUUUGUCUAAUCACGAGUAUGAUUACAGACCGAAUUGGACGACACGAAGUUCUGUUAUCAGUUAAUUAUAACUUUAACGAAAUUUGUGAUAUAUUAGGCUCUUUUUUUAAUCAAAACACAAGAAAUUCCGAGAUUUUUUUGCUAGCAGUGAAAAAAAAGCCAUUUAAGCGCGCGCGUGAUGGCGCGUACUGUCCAAUUACUUACGCAUGACGCGUACUGUCCUAUUUAACUGUCCUAUUAAGGCUGAAAUCAGGGCAGUUGAUAGCCAAUCAGAUUUAAGAAUUUUGUUACAGUUAUGAUUAUGAUGAUGAUUAUGAUUAUUAUCAUGCGUUAAACUUCUGAACAACACUGUUUAUGACUAUUUCUCUGCUAAUUUUGGUCAAGUUGCACGAGCUCCUGAUGAAAGCCUGAUAAGGAAAUACGAAGGCAAAUCUAAAAAUGAACUGAAGAAAUCUCUCAAAGUCUUGAAGCAGUCCUCUAACGCCGACAUCACAGAAAUCAAAUACGUAUCUCGCUUAUUGCGUGACAUACUACGAGACAACACGUCGUGUCAAGUCAACGCUGACCCGAUGAAUCAUGAUUAUUCCAUCUCUAAAAAUUUCUGGGGAUGUGUCAAAAAGAUCUUCAACAAAAAAGAUGAAAUCCUCCCUUCGUUUUCCAUGAAUGAGUGUUUUGAUUACUUUGCAAGAACUCUUUCGUCAGUAAAUCCGACUAAAGUUUUCAACCUCCCAGGCUGGAUACCAACUUUAUCAGAGCCUGUACUUCCGUUUAACCUUGAACCUCCAACAUACCAACAGAUCUCAAAUGUGAUUAGAAAAAUCAAGGCGUCCGGUUCUCCUUUUCCCCUAGAUCAAUUGUCAAUAAUUUGUUUCAAACGAUGUCCUUUUCGCACCUAUUUAUCUGAAAUUAUACGCACAGCUUGGUCAACUGGAUCCGUCCCAAUCGAAUGGAAGCGAGCUUGCACAAUAUAUCCUUAUCCACAAAAAGGAAAACGCUAAUGACCCUGCUAACUUCCGUCCUAUUACUUUACAAUCUGUGCCUUUAAAGGUUUUUACUUCGUGUCUUCGUAAUGCCAUUUUCAACUUCCUCUCCGCUAACAACUACAUUGAACAGGAAAUUCAAAAAGGCCUUACACCAGGUCUUUCUGGAACUUUUGAGCACACUGCUCAAAUGGCUGAUAUCAUUAACAAAGCUCGUACCAAACAGCGUUCACUCGUUAUUACUCUUUUGAACCUUAAAAACGCGUUUGGUGAAGUUCAUCACAACUUGAUUCAAACCGCUCUUGAUUAUCACCACAUUCCCGAUCAUAUCAAAUCACUGGUGAAAAGUCUUUAUACUGACUUCAAAACCUCCAUUCUUACAAACGAAUUUCGCACUCCGUUUAUAUCUGUUGGUCGUGGUGUACUCCAAGGUGAUUGCCUAAGCCCACUUCUCUUCAACUUGUGUUUUAACACGUCUACAGCAUAUUAAAUCUGAAAAAUACCGUCAAUUUGGCUUUUCCCUCAACUUCUUAAAUCCCAUCCACUGGUUCCAGUUCGCUGACGAUGCCGCUGUCAUACUGAGCGGUCAGGAAUCAGAAAAUCAACAUCUAAUCAACCGCUUUAUAAUCUAGUGUAAUUGGUCGAACAUGAUAAUAAGAGUUGAUAAAUGUUCUACUUUUGGAAUACGGAAACUGUGCACUAAAUCUGUCCAAUAUUUACCUAAACUGUUGAUCAAUGGAGUUCUAAUUCCCUGUGUGGAAAUGGGUGAAUCAUUUCGUUACUUAGGUCGCUUCUUUGACUUCAACGUGUCUAACGACCAACACAUGUCUGAACUGUCCUCUCUUGUACAAGACUUGAUGAAUGACAUUGAUGCAAAGCCAUUACAUCCUAAACACAAACUUCUUCUGUACAGCCGCUAUGUCCUAUCUAAAUUGUCCUGGCAUUUCACCAUAGCAAAUAUAUCCAAAAUCUGGAUAGCGGAACAUCUCGACUGUGGAGUGAAUGGCUAUAUUCGAAAAUGGCUUGAUAUUCCGAUAUCUGUAACACUGAGCAAUGUUUUCCUAGAACGCAAUAAAUUUGGUCUUAAUAUUUGUCCUCCUUCUAUUAAAUUUACUCAGUGCCAAACAGUUCUCCGAAAUUCAUUAAAAGAGUCACCAAAUGAUUCCUUAAAAGAUCUCUGGAAAUCGUCAAGGUGUCACACAAAUAUUCAAUAUGAUGUGUACAAAUCCACUAAGGAAGUUCUUAAAGAUUUCCGUUCUAAUCAAGAGGAUAAACUGCAACACCACCUAACGUCUCGAGGUUUCUUCUUCUCAAAUGUUAUCAAGUACUGAUUGUCAUCUGUAAAUUCUAUUUGGUCAGAGGCCCAGUCUCAUCUACCCAAGAACAUUUACAAUUUUACCAUCCGCUUCAUCAACAACUCCCUCCCUUACACCUAAGAAUAUGGCAAGAUGGGGUUUAUCACAAAGUCCUGAUUGCUCCUUUUUGCCUUAAUCCUGAAUCACGCCUUCAUGUUGUCGCUGGUUGUCAACAGUACCUUGAUCGCUUUACCUGGAGACACGACUCAAUCCUUAACUUCAUUGCCAAGUCACUUCAACCUGUAAUUAAUGUUCACUCUUCACUCUAUGCAGAUGUUAAUGGUUUUCUGAAUAAUAACUCAAUAAUAAUUGGUGAAAAUUAUCGUCCAGAUCUUCUUUUCCUAAUCCAGUCCAAGUGCCUAUAUGUUCUAGAAUUAACAGGUGGUUUCGAGUCUAACCUUAACAACAAUGCAGUGCGUAAGAAGGAAAAAUAUCUGAACUUGAUCAACGAACUGAGUAGAAAUUACAGAUGUGUGAGAUUUGUAAAUCUCUCCAUGAGUUCCCUUUGCGUUUUCUCCGAUGAAUGCUCCACGUUCUUAGACAUGAUGAAUGACACUGGCAUCGACAAAAAGCAGCAACGUUAUAUAGUCAAGAAAAUGAUAAAUAUAGCCAUUAGAGCAACAUAUUACAUCUUUUGUUGUAGAAAUAGGAACUGGGAUAGCCCAGACUUAAUGCAAUUUUGAUUUUUUUUUGGCUUUUGUUUUUGUUUUUGUUUGUUUGUUUGUUUUUUUUUAAUAAUCCAAUCUCAAGCAGCAGUUUGUAAAUUGCCUAUACGUAGCGAGAUUUACCAUUGUACAUUCAAAAACACAGAUAAAGUUUCCAUUAUUACCAUUAUUAUUAUUAUUAUUAUUAUUAUUAUUAUUAUUAUUAUUAUUGUACUUCCAUAACUUCGUGACAGUGGUAAUAGGGAGUUUAAGAUACGGAGACUACGGACUACGAACUACGGCUGGACGAGCUUUGUCCUUUGUUUGUAGCACUGGGUUGAGUCGUGCAAAUAUAUAAACGUUACGAUUGCACUACAGACAGUAGACUACGAGAGAAGAGGCGGAGUGGGAAACAACACGCAAAGAUUUUCUUGUUUUCAUCACAGUUCACGAAAACGCAAGUCAGUUUUGCAUGUGAUCUUAUCUUUAGAACAAUGAACAAAUUCUUCCAUACUUAAAGGAAGCAAUUAUGUCUGGUGAAAUUGGUAAACAAAGUUUUGGUUACACAGGUUUUAUUUUUUUCGCCCAUGAACACUUAUGUCAAAUAUUUAAGAAAUAGACAGAAAUAGUAAUAGCUCAUUUAUUAGAUUUAGAAGAUGGACUUCUCCGACUACUGAUCUGAUGUAGAUUGAAGUAUUGAAAUGUCGAGUUUCGAUUGUCUCGAAGAUUUUUACAUCAUUUUCAUUCAGAAAAUGCGAUACAAAAACUCGCUUAAACAAAGGUUACACAAGUAGAAAGACACACUAAUCAGUUCGAACAAACAUUGAAACUUUUCAAGUGCGAAGAGAAAGUAAAUUACCUGCAUGAUUUCUCUUCUCCUCGGCCGUCAAUCUGAAUUCUGUGUAUAAACAGCUAAGCUUAUUUCAAUUUGAGCUUAGCUAGAUAAAAAUGUAGUCACAACAGUGGAUUAAAAGCGUAAAUCUGAUCAGAAAUUAGACACAACUUGCAUAUUUCGCUUCCCUCUCACUUAAAGCAGGUGAAUUGAAAACUUUUUUACGAAAAGACGAGAUUCUUGAAUUACCGAGACGGCAAAAUACGAGCAAAAUGUUCUCCGUAGUCCCGACUACGCGAAACAGCUCAACAACUCACCGUAGCCGCAGGACUACGUGGGAAAAAUGAACAGUCACAUGGUUUUGAUCAUGCGCAGUAGCAUGUUUAUCCGUAGUCGUAGACCGUAGUCGCCGUAUCUUAAACUCCCUAAUAGCAAAGUUAAGACACUCUAUCCAACUUUAUAAAAUGAAGACGUGUUUCGGGGUGUAACGUCUUCGGAUUGUAGCUUUUUAUUAUAAGCAGAAGAAAAUGGAGCACUAAAUUAACCUGAUGAUGGCAUGAGUCAUAUUACUCCGAAAUAAAUGAAUCGUGUGUCUUUUGCACUGCGCAGCACGGACUGGCAUACCAAGUUGGCCGCCUUUAAAUAGAGCUACCACAAAAACAUUGUGGUCAAUCAAAAGAUAACUUCAAUGAAAUGUUCGGUAGUUGUUUUUUACUGACCGAGAUGAAUCAGAAAAUAUGUUAAUUGUAAUCGGUACGAGUUUUGCUGUGUUCGACUUACUCACACUGAUAGUUUAUGAACUUGCAGUGCAUUAAAAAUCUAUCUUCUCCCAAAAACGUUCUCUAAUUGCGAUAACUUGUCUAUCCUUUGUCUACUGAAGUGUCGAUUCGAUAAGUCAUCAAACGUCUGCUUGCUAUUUUUUAGAUAAUAUCAGCUGUUCAGCACUAGAGUUUUCAUGUGGUAGUCGUUGUAUUCCACGAAGUUGGCGCUGUGAUGGUGAAGUGGACUGCAAUCCCAAAGGAGAAGAUGAAAAAGGAUGCAGUAAGUAUUUCAUUCGUCACUGCUGUGACGGUCAGCAGUUCCAGGAUUUUUAGAAACAGUUUGUGUAUUGUCAAUUGUUUUGAUGUUACCGUUGCCGUCGUCUUUGUUGUUUUGUAAGUUUCCUAAUAAGGAGCUUUAGUAACGAUGACUGCGACCGCAACCUAGAACGUCAAAAAAAAAAAAGAUAAAUAAAUAACUAAAGAAAGAAAGAAAGAAAGAAAGAAAAUAAAAUAGAAAAAGUGGUUUGAUAUGCAAAACAACAUCUCUGCACGUACAGCACACUGUUUUGUAUACAGCUAUUUCGAGAAAGGUUGUCGGAAAAAGUGCACGCGACAAUCCCGAAAGGUAUUGUGGGUGGUUUUGAGUGCUCUGUUCUUCAAAGAAAUUUGAAAAAAUGGCACGGGAGGCCACGGACAUAUGUUUGCGAGUGCUAAAGGAAAGCAACAAAAGUAUGUUCGACAGCUACAGUCGUCAGGAACAGUGUAUUGAUCAUAUCCUAUUACCUUUCGGGAUUGUCGCGUGCACAUUUUUUCCGACAACCUUUCUCGAAAUAGCUGUAUUUCUUUCUCGUCACUGCACGACUACGCAUGAAAUUUUCUCUUGCGACAUUUUAUGGAGGACGUAAGCACAUGACAAAUCUUUCUGUCUUUCCUAAUUUGGGUGUGGUCCUCAAAGACUCAUUUCCAGGGAAGUUCACCUACAUUCGAUAUUUUGAGCAUGAUAAAAUACUAAAAAAGGAUUUAGCAGGAAAUUGCUAAUUGAGGGACACUAUUUUCACGUCUCCUACUUUAGACGGGACCGCCAUUUUGCGUUGUCAUCUGAGCCACGCGAAGGUCUAGCUCUUUGCAGGGCAAAGGCAAUUUCUUCAUUUCUCAGUUAUUUUAAGACUCUUCAGGGUGUAAAGAGGGUCAGUUUACAGCUUGUCAUUUGGGCAAGCUGCAGCUAGCAUGUACAUGUACAAGCCCAAGAAUCAUUUUAACAAGCCCGAAUUUUUUUUGAUAAGCGGGAUUGACAACAGUUCUUCUGUAACUUGAAUCCCCCAUUAAAACUUCACUUGCCUGUCGGGCAAGUCGAGAACAGAAUUCACUAGCCUGUUAGCAAAAUCCGUUAGCCCCGCGCGGGCUAUUGGACGCUACUCUCUUUUCACGCGGCCCACCCUGAGUAUUGGUCUGGCCUCAGGAAUCGAACUCACGACCUCCCGCUGUACAGUCUAGCUGCUAAUCCUGCUGCGGUAAAAAACAAAUUCAUGUCUAUACUAACGUUUUCCUUGCCUUCAGCAUCGGCGUUGCUAAAUCUCCCUAAUAGGUACCAUUCGAUCCGACAACGGAAAUGACAAUGAAAACGUCGCUAAAACUAGACUUUGCAUCCUGUCUAACUUUUUGCGAUUAUUCCAACUCGCCCAGUCACUUAAAAAAAGGGAAAUUGAGUUGGAGCUGAAGGGGUUGGACCGCCGAGCCUGGAUUAUCGCCUUGCUGUUCCUUUGGUCAAGUAAACUUAGAAUUUUGUCAUUUCAAAUCUUUGUCGUACAGAGUGCAAAGAAAUUUACCGCAAAGCUUGAUACACGUUUUUUUUGCUCUCUAAAUCUUUUGCUCUUUUGACGUUCUAGUUGCCGUCAAUUAGGUUAAUUAGGUCCCUUAUUAAGGACUGUAAGCAAAUCGCUUCGGUGACCUCUACUACGGCGGCUGGAAGUAAAAAAGCCCAAAAAUGACUCAGUGCGCAUGCUUGAAAAUGACCUUUCGCCGUAGCAAGCCGUAGCGCCCAAUCCUACAAAGUGAAGACCUGUCUUGUGGCGUAAUGGCCACUACGUUAGUAUAAAAAUCCGCUUUUCUCCUGGUAUUUUUUUUUACAAUCUUAGGUUUUGAAAUCUAUCAAGGAUUGUUUUUCACUUAAUCAAGAAAGUAUUUGACGCUUCUGGUUUUCCAGUUAUUACGUCUUCCCUGCCGUUUACUAACAGCGAAAGCAAAUAAGCGAGAUACCUCGUAGUCAAUGUUUGGGUACCGCUUGAAUAAAGUUGAAAUUUGCGGACUACGUUGAGGUACUCUCACCAGUAUUCCGCAUCCACGACCGCCGUAGUCGAGGCCGCCGUAGCGAUUCUAUUAGGGACCUUACGGUCCGACAGCGGCGACGUCCAUGAAAGCGUCGCUAAAAAACAGUCUUCGCAUCCUUUCACUUUUUUUCGCGAUUAUUCCAAGGGACCCAGUUACUUAAAAGAAGGGAAUUGGGUUGGAGCUGAAGAGAAGGGACCGCGCCCGAGUUCUGACAGAGAUGGUAGAAUUUAUCGCCUUGCCGUUUCCGUUCCCAAGUAAACUUGAAAUUUGGUCAACUCGCGUCCUGGUUAUGCAGGGACAGCAAAGAAAUGUACAAAAAAGCGUGAUUGUUGUUUUGCUCUUUGAACCUAUUGCGUUUUUGACGUUCCCGUUGCCGUCGCCGUCGCCGUCGCCGUCGCCGUCGCCGUCGCCGUCGCCGUCGCCGUCGUAGUUUCGUAAGGUUCCAAAUGUUUGCACGAGUGAUCCAACUAAACUUUUGCCAGCUAGAAUAAGUAAUUUUCCUGCAGCCAAUCUCAUAUUGACAGAAAAUCAUAACAUUUUACUUCAACAGCAGAAACAACAACGUGCUCUAGUAAACAGUUCCAGUGUGCUGAUAAAUCGCGCUGCAUUCCUACAAGAUGGCAGUGUGAUGGAAAGGCAGAGUGUUUUGAUGGAAGUGAUGAAAUUAACUGUGGUGGGCUAUACGUCAUUGUUUUUUUUAAUGAGAACGGAAUUUAUUACAUGAUAAUGCCUUGGUGAUUAAAUUGCCUUUUGAUCAUCCUUCAGACCCGCCAGUUAGCUGUUUGCGAAAUUCCCCUGCAUACCUGAAUACGUAACUGGGGGAUUUCUCGUGGGUUGCGUAUAUCCAGUUCAUCGUGUGCUUUUGGUUUGUCCCACCCAUAGUAUAGGUCAUUUCGAGUUCAAGAACCCUCACCUUCAAAACGGGGCUAAGUGCAAACCCUUUCUUGUGAUAACUAGACGCGUAUAAACUGUGUGACCACGGGCUUCCGUAGAAAGAAGUUCAAACAAAAAAAUCUUCAACUAAGAAAUCACAGUCUUCAAAGGCAACGUAUAUCGAAGUAACGACUCGACAACAUAAAUAUCUGGAAACGAUGCUUGCCUGGCUAAGGGCCUCUCCAUAUGAGCCCACCGGGUUGACGGAAAUCUCGCCUUGCCUCUAGAUCCUUUGUAAAAUUUUUGAUGUGUCCAUAAUGAGAGGGCAGGCUGGCUCGGUUCACGAGAUCUUGGUUUUUCCAACCGGGAAUUUUGCCAUGUAAACACUUCAGCCCGGUUACCGGGAUGAAAGCGUGAUCAAUUCUGCCGGUCCGGAUGGCAUCGUCUUGAAAUUGCCUGCUGUAUUUUCCAUAUCAUAAGCAUCCCAUUUAACUGCAGUGAUACAGCUUUAAGAGUUGCAGAAGCUAUGAUAGGUGCGAAAGUUAUAAUUUUUGUGUUUCCCUAUGUUUGCUUUGUUUCUCGAAUUUGACUCCAGAACUCGUCCCCAGGAUCUUUGGCCGUUUCUCAUCUCGGAAACCAGGCUAAAAUUUCUCAUAUGAACCCAAGGCGAAAUUCGUCCUGGUCAACCGCGGCUCAUGUUUAGACGCCCUAAAACGUAGUAGAUUGCAGUGAUUGUUUAGUAGACGUCAUAUUAAAAACAAAGAAUUAUAAAAUCAAAGGCAUCAAAGCAAAGAGCAAAAAAAAGUCAACCAAAAGUAUUCAAUUCUUUUUCUGUUCCUCGUUCUCUAAGGCAACAAAGCUUAUAAAUAUGGAGGCAUUCAUUAUCUUCAACUAAGACUCUUCAAUUGAUCUGAAACACUCUGUUGAAAUUCCUUUGAUAGCUCACGACUUAGAGAGGGCUUCUUGAUAAGGUUCACUCGGAAGGGUUUUUUAGUAAGCUGGACUCGCGAAGUCAGUCACUGAUUGAUUACUGAAGCGUUCGCUCGCCAUUUUUUACUGUAGGUCUAGAGAUGAGAAGCGUGUGCAUUUGGUGUAUUAAUUUCGCGUAUCUGAAGAAAUGACAAUUCAUUCUUGCGAUCACUGAGUCUUUAGACACUGAAUACAGAUGGCUUUGCUCACCUCAUGCAAAUGGCCAUUUCCUCUGGUUUAGUCCGCAGACGUAUUUUAUGCAUACUGUUAUAUCUUUUGCACGUGAUGAAUCUGGACGCCAGAGAGCGAUUUAGCUCGGACGUUCCCACGGAAGCGCUAGCAAUGAGUUUUAUUUGCCUGAGAAUAGAAAAAAAAUUCACUUUUAUAUCAAUGGCUUCGCACUUAGCCUCGCUUUAAAACAGGCUUUAAACAACUCGGAAAUGGUCUAUUGCGUUUAAAGGGGGUCAUGUCAAGAGUAUAUUGCUGUUUUAGGUCAAUUCUGUGCUGUCAUUACUUAAUGCGUUUACCCAUUCCUAAACUGCUUUUGUAGAGUUAUGAAGACAAGAAACUCAGACUGGAUCACUUCCUUCCCGCUUAGAUUCUUAGAGCGGUUUUCACUUGACUGUCGUAAAACCAAAACCAAAGUAAACACACUAGCCAACCAAAGGGCGUAGUAAAACCAAAACCAAAAUCAAAACCAAUCCCUUUCGACAGUCAAGUGAAAACCGCUCUAUUACACUAUGCGCGCAUGCACGCCUGAAACCAAAGAUCUUUAAAAUAUUUGAUUCAGCAACGACAUCAAUCUUAACUGUAAAAUUAAACAACCCUUAUAUUUCUGGUUCUGUGAUUGUUGGUGACCAGUUUCAAAUUACGUUUCUUUUAAAAAGGUUUACGAGACAAACUAAUAACAUCCUUAUCGCGUCUUAUAAUGUACAUAUUAUUAUCAAUAGUAAUUGUUUGAUAUUUCUGGUGUAUUGAUAUACAGAAAAUCACACUUGCGCCAGUCACGAUUUCAGUUGUGCCAAUGGAAAGACUUGUAUUAAAAUGGAAUGGGUGUGUGACCUAGAUGAUGACUGUGGAGACAUGUCUGAUGAAGCUGGUUGUCCACGUGAGUAUUCUGAGUUUCUAAAGUUUCUUGGAGUUCAGAGAGAUCUUUACCUAAUAUAUUCCAAGGUUUUUAUCACUGUAAAUGCAGAUAAUCUAACUGAACUCUUUAGUGUCAGUUCAACAAGUAGCACAUUCCACAGUCAAUUCUUUGAACCUUUUGGUCAAAUGGAAAAUACGGUUUUAACAGCUGGAAAAUUGAAAAAAGCGGGGCUCAAAUUAUAGGGAUUAAUUGUUAAAAAAAAGAGAAGAAAAGAAAGAGAAACGGGUUGUUUAAGGAGGGUCACGGAGGCUCCAAAAAGCCACCACUUCAUAAAGUCCAAACUUCCAUGCUGUCGGUUUUAUUGUAUCCCGCGAGGUAAGAGUGGAUAAGAUAGACGAAUGAUCAUUUUGUAAGUUAAGUUAAGUAGUUUGUUGAUUUAUAGCUGUUAUUUGUUUCAGCUAAGCCUUCUUGCGGGGACGAUGAGUUCAGAUGUAGAAAUGGACAGUGCGUAUCAAACCACUGGGUGUGUGAUAAACAAAAUGAUUGUAGAGACUUGUCUGAUGAGCUCAAUUGCAGUAAGUAGAAGAGACCGGCUAUAGUGCUUUGACGCGCUGUCAAAACCAUUGUCUGAGGAUCAGAGUUGUCACUAAGUUUUCAAGUUGCCGGGUAAAUACAACAAGUAGGCGGGGAAUCAAACGGCUACGGAUUUCUUUUGGUUCUAUUUUUCUUCUAUCUUCCAAUAAAAGUAGCCAGGGGCUACUCUCUUAGUAGCCGGGGAAAAUCCCCGGCCCCCGGCUCUUAAUGACAACCCUGGAGGAUGAUUGCUUUAUAUUGGGUGAUAUGAAAGCAAAUCUAGUAGCUGUUCUUUUUGCAGCCCCUAUCUGUUUAUGAUCUGUACUAUACUCUUGGGUCGUUUGUGGUAAACGUAAUGAUCUAUACAGGGCAUGGUGCCGUAGUUAGGUGAACAAAGCUUGCAGCCAGUUAUUCAAAGAUAUCGACCUAGUGUCCCAAAAUUCACGUCGCCAGGUUGUGGGACGUUAGAGAAGUUAUUAGCUGUUGAUUCCCCCUGAUGCGAACGUGAAUUACACCGUACUCUUUAUGUUCUAGCGGUUAACCUUCUAAUAGAUGAAAUAUCCUUUGUUUUACAUCCUUAUUUAAAGUUCAGUAAACGCACUGCAGUGUCUCAUGAAAUGUGUCACAGUCACCGCACUGUAAUUAUUGACCAUGUUUGUUUACCAUGGGGAGAUAAACAGUGUACGGGGGACGCAGUUUGUUACUUACAGCUUUUGGACCUACAAAAGGCUUUGCAUCACGACCGCAAGGUUAAAGGCAGCAAGAUCUAAUGGUUUUCUGUUCUUUUCAUGUAGCGCAAAGUGAAUGUGAUACAGCAACAGAAUUUCGCUGUUCUGAUGGAAGAUGUAUUAAUAUCAACUGGAAAUGUGACGGAGAAGCAGAUUGUGAUGACAAGUCUGAUGAACAAGCUUGUGGUAAUUAAUAUUGGCUAGUUUAAGUAAAAGGGCAAGAUAACCUUCAUGUUCGCUCAGCUCUGAGUGAAUCUUAGUGGGUUCGAGCGAAUGAUAAAGAAGAUAACACAAUACUGAUAAUAGUCGUAAUAGGAAUGGUAACUGGCUGAAGGUGAACCAGUUGGUUAGUUGUAAGCACUGCAGACGAGUUGAACUCCAGACUCCCGAGUAACAACCCUAGCGAGUUAUCAGAGCGAGAUGUGCACCUGAGAUCUUCGAAUAACAAAUCCAACGCUAUGGCAGACCGGUUGAACUCACUAGGUAGAGAACUGUGUGCUCUGCAGAUUGGUUCAUGCACUGGGCUCGAGGUGUACUACGGGGCUGUUUCUGGUUCACUAUCAGCGCCACUUUAUUGGCUAUUACGAGAUUGCCGCGUUGCCUUGGAAACUGGAUCAAAAUGCGCCGCCCAAACAACCACGCAACACUGAGCCAGUCUCUCAUACAACCUCCAAAUAUCCAAUUACCUCUUACUACCCUUCAACCUGACAUGUUGUGCACAACAAGAGGUCAUUUUAUUUCUUUUUCCAUUUUGUUGUGGUUAAUUAGAUAGUAAUUCGUAUUUAUUAGAUAUCUUGCGUCUUUGAAGGCUGCAGUGUUGUUAUUUUGCAAGAAUUAUUGUGAACAAAGAUUCACUAGUACAUCCAGAGUAUUUCCUUUAUCUUUAAGGAUUUCCGCCUGCUUACUUACUGUUUAUAGGAUAGAUCAUAUUUGCCUGCCUUGGUAUUAAUAUUGAAUUUAUACAUUUCUUUUUAAAUAUAAGGUCCUGUAUCAUGUUCGCCUGGCGAAUGGCAAUGUGUUGGUACCACUCAUUGCUUAAAAAUGACUCAAGUGUGUGAUGGGAAUAAUGAUUGUGGAGACAACUCUGACGAAGGAACUCACUGCUGUAAGUACCUUUUAUUCUUGUUCUGUUUUACAAGGCUGAUUCUUUUCCUUUUAUAACAAUUAUGUAAUCUGAAAAAAAUUCCACUUUGUCGUGCAUCUGUACGUUCAAUCUCAAUCCUGAUUAAACUCUACUGAAUACAAAUCUCUGAAUAUAUGUAGAAAUAUUUACUUCCUUCACAUUUCUUGCCAUGGUCGAGCUUGAAGCUUACAGCUGUUAUAAAGCUGGACUUUGUUCUUUUUAAGGCACCUAAGAAACAUAUCGCAUUACUAUGGCCUGUUGUCUCAAAUAGCAAUUUUCAAGGGAAGUUAAAACUAGUUUCCUGAUUGUUUUGGCUUUACAUUAUUAGCUUUGUGAUUGGCUAAAAACCUCGCUAUCCUUUUUCAAAUCAUCCGAAACGGGACCGAAAGUGGGAUUGUACCUGCUGGUAACGGAACCAGUUAAAAAUUGUUCCCACCCUAGUUAGGGACUGGUAGUUAAUAGGUACUUUACGGUGCAAUAUCUGAUAGGUUUAACCUUUUUGUGCCACCUGGUCUGAACUGAUUAAUGAAAUAUGUUUUUUUUUCAGUAAAUCGUGAUUGUUUGCGGCAGCGGAAUUGUAGUCACAGUCUGUGUCGAGAUACUCCUAAAGGUCCAGAGUGUUACUGUAAGCCGGGAUAUGUUCUGGAUUCUGAUGGCAUAUCUUGCAAUGGUAAGUACGUGCAGCGCCGCAGCUUGUUUUUGUCUGUUCUCUUGAGUUUUAACUUCUGUUAUUAGUAAUGGAAGGUGGUGCUAUACCCAUGCUUUGGAAACUGUUCGACCUUCGUAUGACUUUGAUGACGACGUAGAAAUGGCAGUCCUGUAUCUUGUCGUCUCUAACAAACAGUGUCCUCAAAAAAGUAGUACGUCCUGCUAAAUAUAUCCGCACUUGAAGAAAGCGGUGUUAUCAACGAUAUGAAGACGAUGAUCUUGGAUGUGUUGUGUAUGACCUUUGAUAAAGACCGUACACGGUAGCGUUUUUCUCUGUGCGGAUUAUCAUUUUCUUUUAUUGUGCCUCUGCAGAUAUAGAUGAAUGUUUAACAGUUGGAAUAUGUGAUCAUGAUUGUGUUAACACGAAUGGUUCCUAUAAAUGCCAGUGUGCACGAGGAUAUGUGUUUGAACCUUCGCGGACCUGUCGACCACAAGGUAAAGUUUCUCCACAAGGCUGUUGGGGCAGAUUUUGUGUCUGAGAAUUCGCUAUCGUUAUUAUUAGGCACUUCAUGCUAUACUUUUGUUAGACAAAUAAGACGCAAACUUCCCGUAUAAACGGCAAAUUUCGUCUGAAACAAGACGCGACUUAAGAACUCCGUAUAAACGAUCUUCGCGUCUUACAUAAAAUCCGUCUUAUUUUUGCUUGUAUAGGUCCUGAAUGAAUCCUUAGUUUACAAUAGAGAAUUGAAUACGUUAAAUAAGCGUAUAAAAAAGCUAAUUACAAGAAAAGAUUACAGACAUGUUUAUCUCUGUUUUAGGAGGCGACGAACCAUGGCUGCUGUUGGCAAAUAUAAAGAGCAUCCGACUUGUUAGUCUGAAUGGUAAAGUGUACAGUUAUGUCUUCUCAAAAUUGAGUCGCACCAUCGCUCUCGACUUUGACUUCAGUGAUCAAAAACUCUACUGGACUGAUGUAGCCGAAAAUGCAAUUCAUUCAACACUUCUUCAGGUUAAUGAGAGUGGCGCUUACCCUGGGAAGGUCGGUAUUUUGUUUUUUACUUUCUUAAUCCUGAAAAGAUUGGCAGAACCAAAAACUGACAGGAGUUUGCAAAAAUGUUGAAACCUCAGCGGUUCUGUAGAAAGUGUUGCCAUAUAGCUGCUUUCGCAUUAGCGAGGUUUCUCGUUCAAUCACAGGCAACCGAGGCUCUGUGAUAGUACCGCAGUACGGCUCUAGUAAAUUUACAGUGUUUGUAUGGGGUAAAAAUACGAUCCUAAAAUUUGUAGGUUACCCGUGGUUCAAUUCCUCGUACAAUCACCCCGUCGCUGUUUCCCUAAAAUUCAUUCUAUCGUGAAAUAAGGUCUACUUCAAUUUUCUUUAACUUGAGCAGAACAUGAAUAGAUCCGUUCUCCAUUUCUUUUUGUAAUGCCUUUAUGAGUCAGAUGACAUCAUAGUUCACACUGUGGUAGUAAGGUAAUGUGCUGUAUCGUUGGCAGUUUCCUAAGAGUAUGUCAAUAGAUACCUCUACAGUGCGGCAUUAAAGUACUGGCGAGUGGCUUUCACUUCCGUGACCACACUUCAGGACCUAUUUGCCGGGGCGGGGGUCAGGUGGAUUGUGGGAGCAGAACUCGCCUCCCAACAAUAUGGCCGGGUUCGUAUCCCGGAAGCGCUGCUGUCUCUGGGUUCAAUUUGUUAUUUUUUUCUCGGUUUUGCUCCGCUUCUCCCCUCUACGCGGGAACGACCAAUCUCCAAAUUCCAAUUCUACCUGCAACGUAAGUACAUUUUUCAAACGGAUCUUCAGAGUUUCUAAGUGUUUUGUGGGUGUACAAACAAUUUUUACAUUUCGUUUUGCUCAAAGUAUUGCCAAGUGCUUUGCAACAUUGUGUAACGAAAGAUAUUAUUCGUUGUGGCUUGUGUCACCUAGGUAAUAAAUAUCUCCGUAUUUUUGUUAAAAACAGGUUAAAGCAGUUGUGCAAGAUGGCCUAGCUGUUGCAGAUGGCCUGGCCGUUGACUGGGUGGCAAAAAAUCUGUAUUUUGUGGAUAGCUCCGCGAAAAGAAUCUUUGUCUGCCAAUCCGAUGGUAGUUAUGUUUUGUCGCUGAUUACAAAGGACCUGUUAUACCCCAGGGGGAUUGCCGUAGAUCCAAGGGAUGGGUAAGCUACGAACUUGCAAUCUUGCAGUAUUAGCUUGAUAUUAAAGAUACUUUUAUUUGAGGCUUUGUACUUUAAAGCCCCCAACUAUUGAUGAUUUGAGAGUGUUUUUUUCAAGUAAUAUACUAGUAACAAACAUGUGACACAGUGUUUCAGCACAAGAUCGAACACUGAGAAGAGAGUUGAAAAUAUGACGUGCUGCAGAGCAUUUUUGACGAACUUUAAGGUGUUUGAUUUCGAGAUAAAACACUGCUUUACUUCUCAAAUCAUUGUUAGUAGAGGAGACUGGUUCUAUGAACUAUGCUCUAUCAACUAUUAGUAUAUACACACUCAGUGAUCUUGGUGAUUUAAGCAAUCUGAUUGGUUCGCUAUCUCGGACUAUUCAACAAUAUUCACCUCCUAGCGAGUGGAUAAUGUGUGAGCUCGGUGUUUUUCCCAUUUUUUUUAGAGAACGAUCUUUUAAAAGUCGACUAAAUCCUAAGGCUGACUUUUUUUAAGGCAAGAGAAGACUUGGAAGGAUUCAAUACGGCGUUUUUCAAUUUACUGUAGCUGAGUUUUGUGCUCGAUGGAUUGUUUACAACUCCCGUGUAUUCGCGUAGAAGAAGCCGUUUCGUGAACUCAGCGUUUCUAACAAGAAAAUUUUGGCUCAAAAAUCGUACUUUAUUUAUGACAAACAAAUUUAAAAGAAAAUGUUUGCAGAAAUUCUACGUUUCAAGUAAACAGGAAAAAGAAUGAUACAGGAAGACGACGUCUUACCUCGAGCAACCGAGCCGCCAUUUUUGUCAGCACUUCAUGCGAAGAACGACACAAUAAGCCCUUUUGGCUAUAAACUUAGCGAGUCAACAGAAAACAACAAAGCUCCACUUUUCUUCUCAGGUAAGGAAACAGUUCAAACUUUUGUCGGUUCCAUUUAAGCCAUUACGCUGUUGUUUGCGAAAUGAUAAACUUGUGAAUUGCCAUGUUUGAAAAUUCUACAAAGACCUAUUUUUAAACUCACGCGUGAUUUGAUCUGUCAAUCAAAUUGUACUUUUUAAUGGUUUCCUCUCUGAUUUUGUUGAGAUCACUUUGUGUGUAUAUACUAAAACAAUUAUUCUUUUCAAUCUCGGUCGAUUUCAAAGAAUAUUUGUUAAUUGUAUGCUCAAACAAAAUAAUUUUGGAAAGAGAAAUUAAGUAUUCAAGAAUGAGGAGUUUUUUUAUCUGUUUUCCAAAAUCUCUUUAAUUGUAUUAUUGAUGAGGUUAAGAAAUUUGAGGAGAAAUGUGCCAAACCAAUACGAGGCGCGCGUGUAGGGGCAUUGUUUUGUUUAUCAACCAUGCUAUUUGUUGCGACAUUCUCUCUUCUGUCGGUGUUGAGGUUACUUAUACUUCUUGUUGUCAACAACAACAUGUCUCCUCCAAACCUUACUAACAGAGACAAUCACAUUUGCUAGGUAACUGACACUCUUUGAUUCCGAUCAUUUUCUAUACAUUUUUACUCUGCAGAUACCUGUUCUGGACAGAUUGGGGAACGCAUAAGAUAGAGAGAGCAGGAAUGGAUGGAUCAAACCGUAAAACCAUCCUGAACAUUCAUGUAUACUGGCCUAAUGCCCUUACUUUAGAUUAUCCAACUCGUCAAAUAUAUUGGGCCGAUGCUAAUUUUGACUACAUUGCAAGCAUGUCUUAUGAUGGCGAAGAAAGAAGGCGCGUACUUGGUCACCCAGCUGUUGUUCACCCAUUUGCCAUUACUGUCUUUAGAAAUCAUGUAUACUUCUCUGAUUGGACACGGCAUGCAGUUGUCAAAGUGGAUAAGUUCUCUGGUAACGAGAGUGGUGUUCUUCUGCGGGAUCUCAGUCAGCCAAUGGAUAUUCAAGUUUACCACAGUGCCAGACAACCAUUUGCUUCCAAUCCCUGUAACAACACUAGUAAAUGCGGGUGUUCCCAUUUGUGUCUUAUUACUCCUAUUCCAACAAGAGGCUGUACGUGUAGGUGUAUGAUAGGUUACAAAUUAGCUGAGGAUAGGAAGUCGUGUAUUAAACUGGACACUUUCCUUAUCUAUGCACGAGGAACUGAAAUCGUUGGUAUACCAAAAGAUGUUAAUUCAUCGGAUGAUGCCAUUUUGCCUCUGUUUGGGCUUGGAAACGCUCGUGGACUUGACUAUGAUGCAAAAACCAAUAUGAUUUACUUUUCUGACAUUACCCGAGAUAACAUAAGUAGGUUUAGUCUUUCUGACAGGAAGAUGAAAGUUCUGGUAAAGUCAGUCAAAAAUGCCGAUGGUAUAGCGGUGGAUUGGCUUGGUCGAAACUUGUAUUGGACAGAUUCUGAUAGACGGGAAGUUGCAGUAGCUAUGCUGAACGGAUCAUUCAAGAAGGUUUUGUUUAGUAAAGAUGUGGCGAGACCAAGAGCUAUUGUCUUACACCCUCUGAAAGGGUAAGCAAAAAAUAUUGGCGUGAUAAAUGUCUUUAAUUCAUUUACUUCAUGUGUUGGUUGAACUGACCGAAAACAACACCAACCAAAUGAAUCUCUAUAUAUCAUGACUGUGAUCUUCGUCAGUAGAGCUCACACGGAUGGAAAUUACUUUAAUUGGCUGAGUAACCUAGCUGCAGUUGGCUUAGCAACCUAGCUCCGUUUGUCAGGGCUCUUACAGCGAAAUUCGUUGUAUCCCGCUGCGCGUAUUGUAAACGUCGGAGGGAAUUUUGGGUUUUGGGCCAAUCUGUUCCAUCAAUCAUUAGAGUGAAGGCGGGGUUAAUGCAAAUCACAAUGUAACGUGCUCGCCCUGCUUGGCUGAGAACGACUCUAGACUGCGAAGGAAAGGAAGGAAAUCGCGAUGGUGAGUGGAUUUUUUGUCGAAGGAAGGAGGCAGACAUUGCGUUAUUCUUUGAAGUGACAAGAAUGAGAAAGAUCAGAAAAAUCUGCGAAACAAACGUAACUAGUCGAUUAUUGCCCGAAAUAGGACGAUCACAAAACAGCGAACCUUGAAACACGAAACAAAGAAAACGGAUCGAAAUCCACCAAUCACGAAUCACAAACCUAAGAGGUCCGCUAAGAUGAUUGACGGAACAGAAAAACCCAAAAUUCCUUCGAAGUUUGCAAAACGCACAGCGUGAUACAAGAAAUUGUUACCGGUGGACAAAAUGUCCCGGUGAAUUUCCUGUGAAUUACUCAAGUUGGCUGUUUUAGCUCUUUGUUACCCCUUUGUCUCACAUCACGUUCUAUGUGCACAUGCGCCUCGCGUACGAGGGGCACAAUGACCAAGAAAAUCGAAGUUUGAAUGCCAACGGAAUUAGAAAAUGAGGUGUAGCACUUUAGUGAAGUUUAGCCUUUAUUUCGUAGUUGUGGUUCAUCUUUGGCCCAUGAGCGAAUAACUAGUAUAAUGUUUUUUAUAUUUUCGCCAUCUGUUAGGAUGUCACAUAGAUAAUUAGAUGAACCCAACCUUGAUGAAUCUUUCAAAAAUCUUUUUAUAUUCCUUUCACUAACUCUUCACACUUCUCCUCUCUAUAAUUGAACAUUGGAAGGACUGCUGCUCCAGUCAGUGAAGCAUUUUUAUGAUCAUAUGUUUUGAUUCUUUACUAGUAAGAUGUAUUGGAGUGACUGGAAUUCUCCUGCCAAGAUAGAAGUAGCCAACAUGGAUGGUACAGAUCGGCAUAUCUUUGUCCAGGGAGGUGGUCUUACAUGGCCAAACGGUCUUUGUAUCGAUUAUAACGUUGGCAAACUGUACUGGGCUGACGCAAGAACUGACUUAAUCGAAUGGGUAUAUUUGAAUGGGUUCAACCGCAGUGUUUUACUGGGACGUCUCAAUCACCCUUUUGGUCUUGAUGUACAUAAUGGCUUUAUUUACUGGACUGAUUGGACCAGCAAAGAUAUAAAACGGGCAAGCAUCAGUGAUCCGACCUCUGUUGUGGUGAUGAGGUCACAACUUGAAGGACUUAUGGAAAUCAGGGUUUAUGAUCCAGAAAGACAAAACGGUAGGUUACGUGUGAUGGAAGGAGACACAUGUACAUUCCGCCACUUAAAAGCUCUGCGCAAAGUUGGUGUAAAUCGUUCUGGAACAGCUUUUUAUCAAAUCUCCACAUUUAUAGCUAGGCUUAUUAUAGGUGAUCUGUUGAAGGAUACGUAGACGUCAAUGUAUUAUACAAUCACACUGUUAGUAGUAAAUGCAGUGAAGAUCAUCGCAGGUAAAGAAAUAACUCUUGCAAUUGCGAAAACAAACACUGAAAAAAGUUAGGCUUGCCGAUUUUUUCGUUUUUUUUUUCACAGCUGUUGUAUACGUUAUUUCUUGUUGGUUCUCUUCCUUGCUCCGAGAGGUUUUUCUCCGGGUAUUCCGGUUUUCCCCUUUCCUGAAAACAACAUUUCCAAUCUCCAAUUCGACCUGGAAUCAGGUAGACGAAGAACCACUACAUAAAUGUGCUACCUCUUAAUCGUUAUUUAUUUAUUUCCUUAAUUGAGAUGAUCUUCUUUGCAUUUGUUUUUAUCAUUACACUUACACUGUAAGUGUUGUUUUGUCCUAAAUUAUCGGUAAGGCUAGAACCAAUAAUCGGUACACCAGCCGACGCAAGCGAGUUGGUCACUGAUAUUUGUAUCACAUUUUUCUGACUUCUGCUAAAACUUUUUUUGAGGCUCUCACUUACUGAAUGCGGAAUAAUCCAGUAAAAUGUGUAAAACAUAUAUCCGCCAUGGUGGACAGAACUAAGAAACUUAAUUUUCUCUGACCCAAGCCGCGCUUCACUUAUCUGCUAGAUUUUAUAGCAACCACCAAUCCAAGUAGAUUUUACUAAUGUGUCUAUUUGGUCUCUGUGUGGAGAAAGACUUCAAGGGCUGGUGAAAUAGUCAAGUGAUUGUCAUGAAAGAUAUUAGAUGAUUAUUGAUUGUCAUGAAAGAUAUUAGAUGAUUAUUUUACUCAAAGAGUCGCUUGCGUAAAUUAAAUUCACCUAAAACAGCUGAAACAACAGCUCCGUUAAUAUAAAACCGGGUGAGUUGUGCUAAGGAAGAACCAAUCGAACCGUAAGAGAGAAAGUGCUCCAAGACAGGUAUGUGAUGUUGAAAACACGAAAGAAGUAUUAACCUCUUUUGUAUUGUUUACCCAGGCGAUAGCCCAUGUGACAGUAGCUGCAGUCACCUGUGUCUGUUGCGACCGGCUGGUUUUAGUUGUGGUUGUCCAGAUGGUAUGGAUUUUAAACGAGGAAGUAACAGUACAUGCAUUGGUAGGUUAAUCUUUUUGGCUUACCAGUGAGUGACUGUUCGAGACUUUACCAAAAUAAUCCUGAAUUGGCCAAGCCGCACACGCUGCUCUCAUUUGUAAUUUUCUGUGACAUGCGAGGUGACCUCUUCUAUAAGCCGGGUUGAUUUUUUAGGUCUCCCACCAAAAAUACAGCUGUGAACGUGUUAUAAACAUUUCAGUAAGGCAAAUUGAUGAUGCUGUUGCUGAUGAUGUUGAUAGUGAACUUACGCAAAGGAACGGUAGAGGGAAGAAGACGAAAAACCUUGUGUGACAAGCGUGACAAUAGUUUUGUUUGAAAACAAUUCUCGCCAAACUUCAACUUCCUUUUAAAAGAUCUUUUUGUAAAUAUCAAAACACAGUUAUAUUUAUUGAACUUCGCAACAAACACGCAGGUAAUAGUCCUGUCACUUUUGUCACACCCACAAGCGUUUUGCCGUCCUCUUCUUUGUGCCAUCCUGUUUCGUAAGCUCACUAAUAGGGACUUUAAGAUCCAACGACGCGGACGGUAACGAGAGCGUCAAAAAGAAAACAAAAAACAAUAGGUUUUAUUAGCAAAACAACAACUUUGCACGUGCACCCCGCUUUUUUGUACAUUUUUGUACAUUACAUUUUUUUUGUGCGACUACGACGUGAACAUGCCUAAUUUCGCGUUUUAUGGAGGACGUAAACAAGCAACGGCGAAAUUUUAUUUCUCUUUCUGUACUUGGAUAUGGUGCCUAGGGAUUCAACUUCAGGAGGGUUCGCCUACAUUUGACAAAGUAAGUGGGUCGGAAUAAUUGCGACAAAGACUGAAAUAGCGUAAAUUCACUUUUAAGCGACGUUCUCAUUGCCGUCGCGUCGUUAGAUCUUAAAGUCCCUAAUGAUGACGACGACGACAAUGAUGAUGAUGAUUUCAAGGUGUCCGUUUCACCGAGUCGUUACUGUGACGUGUCCCUUUUGUGACUGGAGAGAGUUGAAUGAACUGCUUGAAUUGCACCCUGUUAGGAAGAUUUCCGUCGUAUUACUCUUUGCAGUGUGGCAGACUAUUGAAUUUGAAUAUGUAAGAAGUUAAUAUCAUAACUUGAUUUUCCAGGAAAUCCAUUCGUCACCCCAACUCCAAGGUGCCCGUCAAACCAAUUUGCUUGUAGUAAUGGGGACUGUAUUCCUAAGAACUGGAAAUGUGAUAAAGAAUUCGACUGUACGGAUCACUCAGAUGAGACUAUGUUUGCAGGUUGUGGUAAGUGGUAUUUAUAUGUGACAUUGAAAGAAAACACAAUUUUCAAUCUACAAAUUUGUAACGUAGAUAGAAAACGUGGAAAAGGCAAGACUAGUACCAGACAAAGGCCAUUUAGACAAGUAGAGAAGGUGAAACUUGUAAGUUAUACCGUUGAAAGGUAACGACAUCCUUUGCGUAGUUGGAAAACGUUCAUAGGACAACAGCUCUUAUACCUUUAGGUGCCAUUCCUUGCUAAAUUUCUAACAGCUUCAUUUGUGGACAAAAUUCUUUGCAUUACCGCUCUUCGUGCUUUAGUAUUGUUUUUAAUUUAAGUGACCGUGCUUUGUUUGUUUUGAAACUACCAGUGUUAAGGAUUUAAAAACGCGACAUGGUGGUGAAAUUUGGUGAUCCAACGUUCACAUUCUACCAUUGUAUUCGUUAAAAGUAGCAAGCCGAGAAGGAUGGGAAAGACAAGUACGUUCCCCACGACCGUGCUAAAAAGUUGAGAAAACUAUUUUGCACUCCCACAAGCUCAAUAUCAUGACAUGACAGGAAUCUUCUCUCGACAGUAUUUUUUGGAUUUCACAGUGCAAGGGACACGAGCUCGAGAUUUUCGAAACUACGAGAAUAUGAGGGGGACCAGUAUAGAAGUCCUUAUUAUAUAGUGUCUUAGUUACGGGACAACAGUGCGGACAAACGAUUUUCGUUAUAGUGCUAAGGUACUUUGAGUUUCUCUUGAAACCUUCGAUCGUGGACUAUUCAAACUCCAUGUUUUUCUUGUCUAGCUGGUGUAUCGUGUGAUCCUAAACACUUUCAGUGUGUGCGUAGUGGCAAGUGUAUUCCAGAAGGCUGGUAUUGCGAUGGUGAUAACGACUGUGGAGAUCGUUCAGAUGAGUCCAACUGCACCUCUGCAUCGUGUACUGAUUCUCAGUUUCAGUGCAGUGAUGGUAAAUGUAUCCCAAGCGGCUGGCGAUGUGAUGGUUUUAGUGACUGCGCAAAUGGCAUUGACGAGCUUCAUUGUGGUACGUUUUUUUUGAAAGAGUAGCUUGUUCUUUCAGAUAAUUCUCUUUGACAAGAAAUUCCUAGCGGGCUCAACAGGCUCUCAAAACAUUACGCGGAAGGUCUCUAUAUUUAACCAGAAAUUUUAUUGUCUUUGUGAACCCUGACCAACUUUUAUUACUUAAAACUGUCAAAUUUCGAAUUCAUGUGUAGUUAUCACUGACCCGGUGUCUCGCACUCGGUUGUAUCUCUCGCCUGGGCUUGGCUAAAUAUUGCGUGUCAUACAGGCUGCUUUACUACACUAAGGCACACUGUUAAGAGUUUAUAACUCCAAAAUUAGCAGAGAUACUGUUUGUAUCCCAUAAUUUUGGCAUGUAAAAAGGCAGGUGAUCCAGGGCUCCAACGGACCUAUUAGCAUCCUAUGAAUAGUUUGUUUUGGAUCGCAAGCGAUCUUGCCUUAAAACUUUUAAUAGGGCGCGUUUGUUUGACCGUGUGUCAGUGUCAGGUAUAUUAUUUUCAGAUAUACUUCAGAUAUCACGUAAAAUUUGUUUGCAGCUGCAGCAGUGACGUCUCAGGCCUUUAAAAAUUCCGACAGCCGCAAAAAGAGUUGUAAACGUGUUCUGUUAUUGCCUUGCUGGUAUAGGACCGGUCAGACGAACUAUUAAUAGGGUUUAUAUACCUUUUUCAUCACAGGUAAUCAAACCUGUCCCGAUCAGGACUUCACGUGCACGUCUGGUCGAUGUGUACCGCUUGGUUGGCGCUGUGAUGGUGAUAAUGACUGUGGUGAUGGCUCUGAUGAACAUGGCUGCCCAGUGAAGCAAUGCUCUGAAGACGAGUUCAGGUGUAAUAAUGGCCAGUGUAUAAGUGGCAGUUGGCGGUGUGAUGGAGCAGGUGAUUGUGACGAUGACUCCGAUGAAGAUGGCUGCGGUAAGUAAGUUUAGAAUGGUUGACGCGGCUUAACCCUGUUUUUUUUUGUCGCUGGAGAUCAGGUCUAAUUUCAGCUGCCUUCAUACAUCCUCUUCCAGGUGGUCGGGCUAAAUUUUCAUUUUACCAAGGGAAACGAAAAUUUUACAGCCUGAUCAUAGGUUAAUAAAUCCCCAGGCGAUACUCGUAAUGGUUUUCAAAUUCUUAUUAACUGCAGACAAAAGUGUAAUGGGAAGAUGAAUCAUGUUACUAAAAAAACGUUUGCCUGUAAGUGUCUUUCAUUUUGGCCAGUCGAGGUUCUGGAGGUUUGAUGAAAGUAGACGGGAUCCCGAAUUGAGCAACUAAAGAAAGUGAGAUGCGUCUCGGAGACCCAGUCGCGGGGAAUUCACGCGGAAAAUAAUCGCAGUCAGGUUACCGAGCUACAACCAGUUGCAAAAACGUUGAGACACUCCCACGAAAAAACGACCUUUCUUGCUUCAAAUUGCUGCUAGUCACAGGUUUGUGAGAUAUAAUACUGACCUCUCUCCUCCCUCCCAUUCAAAGUUGUUCCUCUAAGUUUUGAGCAUGGUCUUGUAUUGCUAGCAACUUUGAUAAGGGGUGGAGGGGGGAUCACAAGCACAAUAUCUGCAUGGACAGGCAAUUUAUACCAAAAUAUGGUACAGUUUCUCAAGUACUUUUGCAACUGGUUGUAGCUCCACAAGCAUUUGAAUAGUACCCAACGGCUAUCCCUUUCCCCUUGAAAAUUUUGUAACAGUUAGGUGCUCAAAAAAUGAAAAUCUAUCGUUAACGUCCUAGACGUCCCGUUUCCCGUAGAAAGUCCUUGAGGGAGAAAUAGCUGAAAACAUGAGUUCAAAUGGGUUAAAAUGCAGGAAAACCAACAAAUGCUGCUGUAUGGAAUUUUUUUCGUAUGGGAUCUUCCAACAUUUGUGUUGUAUUGCGAAACAAACCUCUUAAUUACUCUAUAUACAAGUCAUUGAAUUCUCUUCCCCUUGAGAUCAGUAAUUUAAAGUCUAAUGAACUAUUUUUCUCAGCUACCACCUUACCAAGUGGUUGCGGACCGGACAAAUUCCUCUGCAACAACUCCAGGUGUAUCCCAAGUCGGUUUGUUUGUGAUCUUGACAAUGAUUGUGGGGAUAAUUCAGAUGAACACAGUAACUGCACACAGGCCACGUGUCCACCAGACCAGUUUACUUGUCAUAACAAAGGCGGGUGUAUUUUGGCCGACUGGAAAUGCGAUGGGGAUAAUGACUGUGGUGAUAAGUCAGAUGAACUGAACUGCUGUAAGUUGAACUUGUGUUAUUUUCCCAUUUCCCUCUACUUCAAACGAUGAUGUAGUAAAACCAGUUUCAUAAGCCUUAAAAGAACGUUCGCUUAGUAAAUGUGGGAAAACGACUUUUAAAAGUACCGCAGGAAACGUUUUGUGGAUUUAACAAAAUCAUUUUUGUUAUGUCUCUUCUCCUGAACGUUUUUUCAGUUUUUUUACCUGAAGUGCCAAGAGAGGACAAACUAACACAAAGAGCAUCAAAAUGGCGGCAAAUUUGAGCAUUUUAACCUUUCGCCAAAGUUCUCGUAGUAAUGUGUACUUUUAAUAAAAAAUGGGUUUAGGUUAUUGGCACUUUAAGAGUGCUCAGGAGUCACGAAACAUUCAUAAAAGCCCUAGAACGUGAAGAACCGUCUCCAAUUAUUAGAUCAAGAGAAUCUAUUGACCGAUAGAAAUCGAGAGUGAGCCCUCUUACUGUUGUAGUGUAAAUUUUACUGGUGUAAGAGCUCUUCCUAGUCUCCUACGCAACACCCCACCUCGCAAACGGCGUUUGUUAGAGGAGCGUUGCAUGAUGACAUAAAGAACAACUGCGUACUUAGCACUUCCUGGCGAUUUCUCUUAAGUAUUCACUGACACACGCAAAUAUCAAUCUUAAAUCGCCAUUUCGAGGUGAUAGAUAGAAAAAAUGUUGCCCAAUCAGAAUAAAUAUAAAACGGGAUUUUUAGCAAAUUGUUGUUGAAUUUUGCCUAACGAAAUUAUAACUCACCUUAUUUUUUGACUCUAUAGCGGUAAUUGCCCCAACCUGUAGUCCCCGUGAGAGACAGUGCCAUAAUUCGUCUGUAUGUAUAGAAGACAGUAGAUUCUGUGAUGGCAAGAAGGAUUGUCCUGAUGGAAGUGACGAGGGAAUAGGAUGCGCAUUUAUGGCAUGCAAUGCUGAUAACGGAGGAUGCUCCCAGCUUUGCAAGGCAUUGCCGGAAGGUAAGCAGACAUAUGCCCGGCUAGGAGGGGGGGGGGAUGGGGGAACUCAACGAAGUUUAAUACGGGGAGACUCCGUCCCAAGGUCUGACCCCUUAUCCUUUUAUAUACCAUUUUUGACAGAAAGGUACCUCUUUCGUAUACCUUCUAUUGACAAAUGAUACCCUUUUCACCUCACCUUGAUAAAGACCCUUUGUCACUUAUCGUGAGACGUUGCGCAUUGCUUAUUUUGAUUUCAAUGGACAAGCUGCGAUUUCUUGGGAGGAAAAAUUAUGGAAUCUCAUCUCGAGGAGGAAAUGAACGCCGCGUUUGGAAUACUCGUUUUUCUUAGAGCCAAAAAGCGGCCCUGUCGGAUUAAAAGAUUUUAAAAUCUAGCAACUUUCUCUGAGGACGGAAAGGAACAUUUCGCGUAGCAGUCAGAGUUGUCACAGAGGACAUUUUCUCCGACGCCUUCGAAGAAAAACAAACAAACAAACAAACAAACGAAAACAACUUGACACGGAGAAGCAAGGAAGUAUUUUGUAUGAAACCAGCGACCCUGGAUACUGCCAGGGAUUUGCUGUUGGUUAAAGUAUUUGCUGUUGGUUAAAGUAAUAUUUGUAUCGCGCAUAAUUUUGAAUGAUUUUGAUUUCGCUUCGUUGGUAGACGCCUGCUGACUAUUAUUUUUUGUGCCAUAGCCAGAAAUUACAAAUCAACAUCUAGAGACGUAGAAAACCGAAUAUAACGCUCACCGAAAGUUUCAUUGCCAUUCAGCGAAAAACAAAGAUUUAGCGAGAGGAGAAGCGUACAGAAGCUUUCUAUACUUUGUACUUUGUCCGUUAUUUUAAUAGCGUGAAAAAAAAUACCAGUACGAGUCAAUCGGUCACGUUAAUCACUCAGUGAAAUCUCAACUCACAUUCAACAAGCGACAGCAAAGUGAUUCGAAAGUAACUCAAUAAACACUGGUAAAUUUUAAAGCGGUUUAAUAAACGUGUUUUAUUUAGACAAAAGAACGAAUUUUUAAGCCAUACCUAUAUUAUCUGCAAAACUGCUAAAUCAACCUCGAUCGUGAAAAUGUAAACAACCACGGCUUUCCGCGCACCGUGGAAGAGGGACGCUGAAGAAUUACACAGAAUGUUUCAGCCAUACCUUUACAAACUUCCUCUCGCUUUACAGGCUUUUAGGCCAUCCUCCGCGUCGAUAGCCAAAAGUUAUAGUGGCGAAUUUAAAUGGAAUAUAUUGCGUAAAAAACUGACUCACCUAACAUAGUAUACGUUAAGCAUACUGGUUUUAGAUAAAGGCGGCCAAACCCGAAGGAAAAGUUAGGGACUUUACAAAACUACGACAGCGACGGCAACGGGAACCACAAAAAAAGCAAUACGUUUAAUGAGCAAAACAACAACUUUGCAGGCGCAUCACAAUUUUUGUCAAUUUCUUUGCCGUCCCUGCACAGCUACGACGUGAAAUGGCCAAAUUUUAAGUUUACCUAAGAACGGUAGCGGCACGGUGAUAAAUUCUGCCAUCUCUGUCUGAACUCGGGCGCUGGGGCCCGUUUCUCGAACGUCCCGGUAACUUUUCGGGUCCGAAAUCAAAUAUUCAAAUCGAAGUAUAAAGAAUAAGAGCGCAGGCCCAGACUAGCAAACUACUCCAUUUUGUUUCAUUAACUGAUAGUUUUUUCAUGUUAGAUGCAAAACUGAUGAAACCUCGAUCUUUAAUGUAAACGGAGACAGCUUACCGGGACCGUUGAUUAGCGGGACUUUCGAGAAACGGGUCCCUGGUCCCCUCUCUUCACUUCCACCCUAAAUUCCCUUUUUUAAGUAACAGGGCGACUUGGGAUAAUCGCGAAAUAGUUUCAAAGAAUGCAAAGUGUAUUUGGCAGCGACGUUUUCAUGGACGUCGCCGUUGUCGGAUCGUAAGGUCCCUAUUGUGCGAUGGAGACGGUUUAAUAUUUGAGAUACGUUUGAGAUCCUGAGAUGUAUUUUCGUGGUCCACAAAAGUUCUAGUACGACCGCAGUGCUUUGUGGAAGGUGACAAAAGGUCUUUGAGGACACUGCAUUCUUUAUAAUUGCUGUAAAUGCACCGUCUUUUAAAUAUGAAUAAAUCACUAAACCGGGAAGGUUUGUUGUCUAUUUUACAUCCAUAAAGUGCGUCUGUUAGCCCCUGUUGGUCUUUUUACAGACCGAAAUGUCAGAUCACCCUACCCUUUCAUAUUCUUCAAUUAAUAAAACUCCCUCUCUUUCAUACACUUAAAGCCUGAAAAAGCACUUAUUUCGGGCGGAACCUCCCCGAAUUAGGCCAUUACAGGGAGUCCCAAUGUCACGAGCAUGGGGUGUCAAAACUCAUUCACAAGGUCGUUUUUAUCAUUCCGGUUUUUGUUGAUGUGACAAUAGUAAUUGGAGAAUUCUGUUUUGAAAUAAAUGAAGUAAAUUAAAUGUUUGCAGGAUAGACUAGAAAUGAUAGUUAUUCUGUUGCAAAUGACAGAGCUGUGGAUUACUUUUAGCAUAUGGCUGACUCCGCAAUCGGCCAAGAUGAAUUGAAUACAUGUGUUCUGAUUGGGUGUACGCUCUUGCAAAAAGAAGUUCUUUAUGGCCAUUAUAAUAAAUCGUUUAUUGACCAAGCUUGUUUGGUCAAGAUGGCUGGAUAUUGGGCCGAAAAAAAAAAAACAAAAAACAAAGUAACAAACUUGGCCAUUCUCCAGCCAUCUUGACCCACCCUUGGUCAAUAGUGCAUAUAUAUUGUCCCACAUUAUGUUUAGAACUGAAGUCACUCACUCAGAAUAUUAAGGCUUUCAUCUUUUGAUGUGAUCCAAUGCCGUGACGGGAACAUGCUUUCACUUUACUUUUUACUGCCUUAACAAGUUUUCUUGGCAGUUCGAAACAUGUCGAUCUUCUUUUUUCCCCAUCAGGAACUGUUUGUUCAUGUUACAAAGGGUUCUCCUUGGCGAGUGACAACAAAACGUGUGAUGACAUUAACGAAUGUGAGGAACCUGGUUCAUGCAGCCAGCAAUGCUUUAAUUCGAAGGGCUCAUAUACUUGUAGAUGUGUUGAGGGUUACAACUUGGAGUAUGACGGGAAGCAUUGCAAAGCUGCAGGUAAGAGAGAGCUGUUUAUACGGACACCUCUUUAACAGGGUAACCUUAACAUACUGCUAACCAGGAUUUUUUUACUUAGUUAGCAAUAACCCGCUUUGAGAUGCUGGACAUGACACAUUUUGGUUUUCAAGACUUAACUGUACUUUUGCCGCAUUAGGAAUUGUUAUUUUAGUCGAACUCAGAACGCGAGGCCAAGUAAACAUCACCUUAACUGUACCACCAAAUCAGCUUUGAAAUACCGUACAAAGUGUUAACUCUGUUUGGCUUAUCUUUUUAUAUUAAUUUGUAACGUGAUAAAUCCGUAUUUCUUGAUCUUUAACCCUAAUACAUAACCUCUCAUGGCCGUACCAGUUAAUGUAAAGGAUAAUAAGUUCCUCCAAGAGAGAAUGGUUCCUCACAAACAGGGUCAACUAUCUUGAAGUGGGCGUAAAUGGCCAUCCGCAGUACCUGCAUGAACUUUUGUGCAAAUGAAGGUUUACACGGACGAUUUUGAUGCCGCUAAUUGACUAAAUCUCUUGAUUUGAGGUCACUGUAUUUUCUUUUCCUCGGUGCUGAUGCUGAUGUUCACUUUUUGCAGAUUCUAAUAUUCCAUUCCUGUUCUUUUCCACUAAAACGGAAAUAAGGAAAGUUGAUCUGCGUCAUGGAUUUAACUAUUCUGUUGUGAUAAGUGGGCUGCAGACUACAAUUGGACUAGACUUUCAUUGGGCAGAGCAACAACUUUACUAUUCCGAUGCCAGCACUGACAAGAUAAGGCGUUGUUUUUUAGAUGGCAGCAAAUGCGAGGAUGUCAUAACAACAGGCUUGCUGAUGACUGAAGGUAAGUUUUGAAUUUUGCGUUAUCUAUACCCCAUUCACGCCAACUAAACGCGUUUAAUUAAACCAGGUUUUAGAAAAUGAAAAACAGACACGGAAAAAUGGAACACAGGAUUUUACACUGGAUUUAACCUGUUUAGCUUGCACUAAAUUUGCAAUUAAUUUAAGUAGGCAAGCAGGUUUCGUGAAGGAAACAAUUUUAAACUGUGUUUAACUAAACAGUUUUUAAACGUGUUUAAGCUUUGAUUUGAUUGGGGCAUUAUUUUUAGAGGAGGAGUUUGAUUUGAGGAGUAUGUUUCAUAUGCAUCAUACAGGUGUCGGGACUUGGCUCUUAAGGCACACUCUACCUUGGGUUCAGAUAAAAUGUGUAUAUUUGUGGGUGGUUGUUCUUGUUGUCCUUCGCAAAGAGGUUUGGCCUCGAGGAGGCACUAUUGGAGCCCUGUAGUUUUGUAUUCCUAUACAGGGAUGGGACAAAGAAAAAAAUGAUUCGAUUUGCCCACAGUCGGGGCGCAAGUGGGUAUUGGGAGUUGAAGAUGAUGGGUAUCGUGGGGUGUGAUAAAUGCGGCUCGCUCCCCACGUGUACUAUGUAAUAUUUUAGAAGAAAGAAUAUUUGCAUGCACGGUCUUGGCUUUCAAAUAACAAUUUAAAUCGAGUUCAGCACAUGUGAAGUUCGGUGUUUGAGCCGGGUAAGUUUGGCGGAUGGUAUUUCGAUCGGCUAAGGCGUCCUUCGCGCCUACUCCUUGUGUAAAGAACGCCACAGUUGAUCCGAAUAUAGCCUGUACCUUGCUCUCAGAUAGUAGCCGGGAUGUCGCUAAAACAUAUCAAACCAAAAUAAGGCCUGCGUGGUCUGGGAGGAGGGCGGGGGUGAUGACGCCUCCUCUCUUCCCCAGCCGGGCGUGUUUUUCGCGUCAGUUUUCUCGAUCUCUGCGCAUUACUAUCUUGAAGCCUGGACCUGAAUAAUCCGAACACGAUCAGCCAAACUUAACAGGAUCAAAGGCCGGACGUCACUUGAGCCAAGCUCAAUUUACUGAGUUUAACUUAUUUGAAGUAUGGUUGUCAGCUUAAAUUUCAUUCAUGGCGUUUGCCUUAGUUCUUCCCUGUGAGGCCCUUGUAGGCUUAAAUAUUUCUAUAGUUUUUACAUUAUAGUGUAUUGGAAGCCAGGCCUUUAAAUUACUUCAUAAAAUGUUUUUAGUGCUAUAACUACUACACAUUGCAUACGUUAUGUGUCUUUGAAGUUAUUUGCAUAUAAUUGGCGCCUGCUCUGGACAAUUUUUAUCAUAUUUUUAAUUUACGACAUAAGACAGAUUUAGAAUCACGUGUCCCUUAAACGGCAAACGUGAAUUUGUUCCACGUGACCAAGUUUUUCCUUUACUUGCCUUUGACUUUUCUUUACUUUUACAAAAAAUUAUUAGCUUCAUUUUUUUUUUCAUUCAUAAGAAUUGUUUUGGACUUUCUUCAUCAACUUAUUAUCUGUUUUGAGAAAUUGUUAACUUGAAUCUGCCGUUUGGCGUUUGCCGUAACCGUGAUUCUAAUUCUCUUUAUUAUCUACACGAACGUGAAAGUUUGGCAAUUUGGCUUGACAUGAAGUACUCAAAAAUUUAUUUCUUAAAGGACUUGCCGUUGAUUGGAUUGGCGGUAAUUUGUACUGGAAUGAUAUGCAAACGGAUCAAAUUGAGGUGUCUGACCUUGAUGGCAGAUGGCGUAUGGCUCUGAUAUCUGAUAAUCUUACCUCUCCUCGUGGGCUUGCUCUGGACCCAAGGGAUGGGUAAGUUUUGUAUUUCUUAUGUUCCCCUUCAUUCGUAACCUGCAGUGUUAGCAGUUUUGAUUGUAUUACGGCAAUAAUCCACAGUAAAACGGAUGUACGUUGAAGGCUGAGAACCAAAGUCACAACGGUUAGUCAUCUGAAAUUGCGCUUUUGUAAGGAGCCGUAAGCUUGCGUCGCUGCCUUGGGUGCUCUUUUCUUGUUGUAUUUACCUAAAGUUUCGGUGUAUGUUUUUUUGUUUACCGUUUGGUUAUGACGUAGCGUACGCCCGUGCACUCUUUGCGGGGGAGGGAAGGGAAUUAGGUGUCACCCCGUCCGGGGGAGGAGUAUGUUAUAAAUUGCGCGAUGCAUUUGUGCAACCCGCCUUUUUCUUGGCGGGAAAUCGCGCAAGAAAUGGCAUGGCUGUCGUCGCGUUCAUAAACAUGGUUACUUCAACUACUUCAUUGCAUAAGGAUUUUGUGACCGUAGUGCUCAGUUUCUAGGAAGAGAAAGGUGUAGAGUAAGAAUUAACAGGCGCGCUAGCGAAGAGGAUUCAAGUGGAUAAUUUAUGCGACAUCUGCAACUUGUUCACUGAUACCUGAAGCUGACAAAGUUUUGAGUCAUCUUGUGAUGUUUUUACCUGUCUUUUUGCACUGGAUCUACAAAAUGAAAUACAGCAGCUAUCAACAUUCUUUUGUUAUUCUUGGCUGGUUUGUUUACUGGGUUGUGGUUGAGAAAUGCGCCGCACAACAAAAAUAAAUCGGGAAUCAUCGUUUUCAAAAAUAAGCUACUCUUAGUUACUUGGAUUACAAGUGUAUUGUUUGAUUUAAAUUAUAAAUUAAUUACUAGAUCGAGCUACGGUUUUAGCCCUGGCGAAAUCUAUAUAUUGUAAAGGUGCUUGAGAAUAUCUUCCAUUUGAUUGGUCACACAGGGGAAUGUUUUGCACAGACUCAAACGAUAGAGCACAUGAUGCGAUUGGUGAUUUAACUUUGGCAGUCAGUUGAUGCAUCCAACAAAGUUUUAUCUUUUGUUACGGUGAUAUUACAAGGCUAUGUUUACACUAUGGGAGAUUUUCCCUGAUUCGUAACGAAUUUAGCACAUUUUAGUAUAAGUUUAAAUUGCUUAUUUGCCCUUUGGUAUAUCAAUGUGUCAAAAAUCAAAAUUUUUGCCAUAUUCAACAUUUCAUGUGGUCAAAAAUAAAUGGUUAUGUGCGAAAGUACCAUGGCAGAGGUUUAAAUGGGAUGUUUUCUCUGCAAGAUUUUAUUCACAGAUUUAUUUUGCUUAAGGAUGUUACUCCUACCUAAUGUUGGUGGCUAAUUGGGAAGUACAGCUCUUAUAGUUAAAAAAACGUUGGUUUUGUGGCAGAUUACUCUUCUGGUCAGAUUGGAGUUCACCACCUCGUAUAGAGAGAUCCCACAUGGACGGCAGCUCAAGACAAGUUCUAGUUACUACUGACAUUGCAUGGCCAAAUGGAAUCACACUUGACUUGCCCAACAGGUAUUUUAUUAGUGCUUACCUUCUAUCAAUAUCACACAAACAUUUAAUAAUUUAGGUAAAUGCUCUGUUAGUUUAAAUUAAACCAGGGUGUAAAGAGAGCCAUUCAGGCAAGCUGAGGAUAGCAUAUAUUAGCCCAAACGUCAUUUCAACUUAUUCUAGCCUCAAAAACGUUUUUAUGAGCAGAGUUGAUUUCACAGUUCUUCUGUAAUUUGAAUUCCUCAAAAAACUUCACUUGCCCAUCGGGCAAGUUAAGAACAGAAUUCACUAGCCCAAUAGCAAAACCACUACCCUGGGAUAUCGGACACUACUUUCUUUACAAUAGGAGAGAACCCUGGGAACGAGGUUGCUUUCUUUGCAAGCUGAUUAAACUGAAUGAUAUCUUAUAUAGUGACUUCGAGUGUAUUGUCAAUAAUAAUAACGAUUUGAGUGCAUUGACAAUUCAAAUUUGGUCCGUGGUUGGUUAUGAAUAAAUUAGUCAGGGGAUUUGAGCCUGUCAGUAACGGAGAAAUAUUUUAGAUAGAUAAUAAUAAACUUUGUUUAAUUUGUUAUAUAACAUCUGUAUACGACUUUCUUUUGUAGACGGUUGUAUUGGAUCGAUGCAAGACUGCAUUACAUCGCCUUCUGUGAUUACAAUGGCGCUAAUCGCCACACAGUGCUAAGAGAUAAAAAUAAAAUACUGCUUCCCUUUUCUAUCACGCUGUUUGAGGACAUGUUGUACUGGUCGGACAGGGCCAGGGGAGGGCUAAAAAUUAAACAAGGAAACAAGUUUCACGGUGGGAAUCACUCACUGAUUCAUUUUGACCUCUUUCGUCCAAUGGACGUACAUGUUGUCCAUCCUCUCCAGCAGCCUAAAGGUAAUUAGUAACAACAUUUUACAAUAAACCUUCCUUUAAAGGACACCUGUUCAAGAUGGAACCCUCCCUAAGACGGGUAUUAACAUCUUAGAGUUGAUCCCUGUCGUUCUUUAAGCCUGGUUUUCGCUAGGGCUUAAGCAUAAGCAUAAACAUAAGGACAUACGCACGCGCAGAAUUGCCUAUUUGACUCAAUUCUCGAUACCAGCUCUCCUCAACCCCGAUAAGAUGGCGGACGCUUCGUCUGCCAUAUUGCUUUUGAUAUGUUCGCAUGAGGUCUGGGUCAAAGUGGCCUAUAAUUGGUCCACGGCCUUGUGAUUAUGCUUGUGCUUAUGUCGACCCCGUUUUCACUAGUCAAAGCUACGACAUAAGCAUAAGCACAACCACAGGAAGAACGAACUUGUCCGUUUUUCUUGUGCUUAUUCUUAUGCUUAUGUCGACCCAGUUUUCACUUGCUUACAUAUGUGCUUGUGCUUAUGCUUAUGCUUAUGCUUAUGCUUAUGCUUAUACGCUAGUGAAAACCAGGCUUUAGGCUUUUAUUUAUCUCUUUUUAAGGCGGACAACUCUGAAACGGACACUUGCUGCUAGUUCCAAACUUGUCUGUGUUGGAAAACAUUUGUCUUACUAACAUUGUACUGCAAACCUCAGUCGUAUUUUGAUUGGCACACGUAUUUGUUAUUAGCUCGUAGAAAGAUGGCAGAAUUGAUAUCGGUGUAUGUCAGUGAAUCAGUAUUUGGUAAAAAAUCACAGAAGAUGCAGUAAGAGGACUAUUACCAGUAUUUGGUAAAAAAUCACAGAAGAUGCAGUAAGAGGACUAUUACCUCCAUUUCCCUUGGCAUUGACCAUUGAAUCGGGGUUUUUGUCUACCGAUAGAUAUCUCUUGUUCGCCUAAAAUUCUGAAACUCAUAAAAUUCAAGAAAAUAACCUCAGCUAUUUAUUGGCUUGGAAGUGGCUAGUUUAGAAAGAUCUACGUAAUGUCAUAAAAAAAGUUUUUUUUGUGAAUUAUAGAGAGAAAUAAUUUUUUCCAAAUCUGAUUUUAACUGAAACGCAAACAAGAGAGCCAGUCAGGAUAUUCUGUGUAGUGCACUUAGGGGCAGAGCUGUAGUGUUGUAUUUUGGUGAUUUCAGGAUUGAACUACUGUGAAAAUAGCACCUGUUCUCACUUGUGUCUCCUCAAGCCACAAGGAUUCAGCUGUCAGUGUCCUGUUGGUAUGCAACUGAUGAAAAACAAUAGAACUUGCAAAGGUAACACUUUUAGAAUUUUGCUGCAGUUGAUCAGGACGAAAGAUGGAUAGAGCUAAAAGAAGCAACUCAUGUUUAGGUCCAGGGGAAUGCAGCAUUGCCGCUGAGUGGUCAUUGCGUCGAACUCGGAAUCCGCAAGCCUUGGAUUCGAGCACCCCCUGACCACUCAGCAGCUGGAAUUGUUUCUCGACGGUCCGGAUUUUAGCUCCUCGGCCAUGUUACUGUUAGCAACCCCAGCGCCCAGCACUGGGGAAUGUUUAGUUUGAAUUGUUUGCUUUGUGAUUCUUUGAGUCGAGAUCCUGUAAAGUAGCUAAAGCUGCUAAGUACACUUCCCCUACGUUUAGAUUUUACAUUAGAAUCAGUCCUUCGAAGAUGUUCGAUUUUUUUUUAUAAGUUUACGUUCUUAACCGGGGUUAAUGAGCCCUAAGGGAGUACUAGUUCUUUCCUCACUUGUCCCUUGUGUACUCUACUCUCCUCACCCUUGCAAUCAAGGCUUGUGCAGUAAUAGCUCAUUGUUUAGCUCAAACUACUUUCACUUUCACAAUGUUAAAGUGGUUGCCAAAGCUUCCAGUAAUUUUCCACAACCAGUGUUCUCACCAGGAUUUUGCCUUGGGGAGUCCCAGGGCCCCCUCUUCUGAGAAAUAGGGGCCCUGUAAGAACAUUAGGGGGACAAAGUUACAAAAAACACGCGGUACAAAGAACCUGAGCCCGCACUCCAAAUUGUCUGUUACAUGAAGUACCUACCUGAUCCAAUAUGGCGGAAGAGGUGUUUACGAUUCGGAGGAGGAGUUUACGAUGUAGUGGGACGUGCGUGGGACCAAUGAAAGUAAAGGCAACAAAAUUAAAGACUUUGACUCAUUUGAUAUCAUGUUUUUUAUUUAUUCAAAUAAACAGAAUGCUUUAGUGUUAGGUUGACCAUUAAAACUACUUAAGUCCGUUUGACUCGUAGCUUGCCCCUGCGCCCUAACGGGCGCAUCUUCCUGGUUUUAAUGCGCCAUUUCAGUUUUUCUUGCGGGAAUCCCGCAAGGCCGCGGCCUGGCGAGAACACUGCACAACAUCACAUGAUUCUCACCUGUCUCGCCUUAUGUAAACCGCUCAUACCAUUAAUCAUCCACAUUUCAGCUUUGUUCUUCAAGCAAGCGCCAAGACUCGCACUCUUUAAGAUUGUAUUUUUCCCAUCCUCCCACCCAACUGGAAGCUUUGUCUUCUUUUAAUCGCUAUGGCUGUGCUUUGUCCUGAAACUGGAAUUGUCAAUAAUCCCUUUUUAUGUAAAACGUAGAUAUCUGUACAAGAUUGCUUCGGUUUCAGUGCAUAGAUAUAAGUUUUAGUUGAAAUUUAAUUGGGAAUCGUUUGUUACUGUUUGGUAGAAAUUCGUGCGUUUCUUCUGUACGCUAAAAAGUCAGUGGUGAGUGCAGUAUCGUUAGAUCCAAGAAACACAGGUGAUCAGAUUAUACCCGCGAGACAGCUUAAGACAGCAGUGGGCGUGGACUUUAGUUAUGAGGACCAGUACGUCUACUGGAGCGAAAUCACUGCGGAUAAAAUCUCCAGGCAGUUCCUGAAUGGCUCCGGCUAUGAAACUGUGGUUUCUGAUGGUGAGUUUUUUACAUUAUUUAAUUGGGCUAGGUUGGAGAAUAUUAGAAAGCUUUAGAUUUGAGGAUGAGAACGAGCACGAGUACGAGUAUUAGAUUUAACUUAUAGUUUUUGCGCGUGUUCUCAAUAAAAGACGCCCGGAAAGCUUCAUUGUACUUUUUUUCACCAAAAAGGUUAGUACUGUUAAUUAUACUUAAGGAAGUUAAGCCCUCUCCCGAUCACAAAAUGAUAAAACGGCUUACAUUUGAUAACUUGUUCCCGCCACUACGACGUUCUUGCUUAAUCCCGUGGCAGAAUGACGACAGCUAUCACGUUUUCCCCUCUCACGCGCGCGCAAUAUUUAGUAUUGAGAAAAUCUCAUAGUCGUCCUUGUCCUCGAAUCUAAAGCUCCCUAUAGUAUUUACAUGAUCAUCCUCAUUCAUUCAUUCAAUCAAUCAAUCAACCAAUCAAUCAAUCAAUCAAUCAAUCAAUCAAUCAAUCACUCACUCAAUCAAUCAAUCAAUCAAUCAAUCAAUCAAUCAAUCAAUCAAUCAGUCAAUCAAACUAUUCGUACAAACUCCGAAGCAGAUCGAGAUAGGCGUUUAGUCGGAUUAAGACUACUAAGCCAACGAAACGUGAUGUUUUUACAUACGAACUGAGUAGAUUAUAAUAAUAAUAAUAAUAAUAAUAGUAAUAAUGAUGAUAAUUUUAUAAUAAUUAUAAUAAUAAUUUAAUGACUUAUAUUGCGCUUUUUUCAUGUGCUGAUCAAUAGCGCAUUACAAAAUAAAAAAUAUGUAUAUUAAAAACAUUAUCAUUAAAAUAGGAAAUAAUUUUUUAAAUGAUGACCUGAGCAAAAACGUCUUAAGUUUGUUUUUAAAAACACUUAGUGGCGGGACAUAACGCAGGUCAGCCGGCAGGCCGUUCCACAGAGCCGGUGCGACAAAAGUAUAAGACCUGCCACCAUGUGUAGGGCGCAUUUUUUUCUGUGUAAUGUCACUAACAUAGAUUGUUUUUUGGUAACUUUUGACAGGUUUGUCUAAGCCAGAGAGUAUAUCAUAUGACUGGACGGCAAAGAACAUUUACUGGACAGACUCAAACAAAAAAGUCAUUGCAGUGGCUCGUCACGAUGGCAGCUAUCAGAAGGUCUUGAUUUCAUCAAAAGUGGCAAAGCCACGAGCAAUUAUUGUGCAUCCUUUGACUGGGUAAGCUACAUGCACUGUGUCAUUUACAGUCAAACCCUUUGGUAAGCUGACACCCUGUAUUUAAGCAGACUUUACCGUGGGUACCGUUGUUGCCAGCUAAUCAGGGUAAAAGUGUCAUUUUAACUUGCCCAAAUUUUUUUGAUCAGCAGGUUUGAUUACAGUUCUUCUGUGAUAUGAAUUCCCCCCAAAAACUUCAUUUGCCCGUCGGCAAGUUAAGAGCGAAACUCAUUAGACCGAUAGCAAAUUUCACCAUCCCUAGGCAAUCGGGCACGACUUUCUUUGCACGCUGCUAAUACAGGUUUAGUCCAAAAGACCUUCCGACAUUGUUCAUAAGCACGACAUACCAUAAAAUUCCGAAAAUAAGCCCCGAGGCCUAUAUUUUUCAAAGGUCCUUUUUGAGGGGCUUAUUUUUGGAGGGGCUUAUAUUCGGAGGGGCUCAUCUACGGAGGGAAAUUUGCGUUUUAAAAUCGAUUGGGCUAGCCUUAUAGUUGGAAGGAAAAUUACCUUUUUUGCUUUGUUUUACUUUGUAUGUGAGGGCAAUUUCCAAGUACAAGCGCCCCCCCGAGUGCACCCUUAUAGUCGGAGGGGCUUAUACAUGGAAGGGCUUAUUUUACGGGCUUAUUUUACGGUAUGCGUUAUUGACCAAGCGUGUUGUCCGAACGGCUGGAUAUUGGCCGAGCUCUUUCUUGCGUUUUUGUGUGGAUCAAGACGAAGCUGGGGCUAAUAGAAACGCAAAAAAAGGUCGAGGCCAAUAUCCAUCCAUCUUGACACAUUUGUUCAGUAACGAGGACGUGGAAGCAAUCGUGACAAACCAACACAGGAGUUGUAGGGAGCGACUCGAAAGUAGUCGUCGCCUAUUGAGAGGAAGCAUAAGACUCGAGUUGGGAUUGCCGAAAAGCUUCAACAAAGGGGCUGUGUAAAGUAACCUGUGCUCUGGUUAUCUUGACCGGAGAAGCGUGGUCAAUAAAUGAUUUAUUUUAUGGCCAAAAAAAGAACUGUUUCUUGCGGUGACCGUAGCAGGAAAUCCCGCGCGGAAAGAUGGGCCUAUCUCAAUUACCCGCUUGGGUAGCCAAUCAGAAAACAGAAUUCGCUUCAUCUUGCUCGCUCGCGGAUUCAUCCAUACAUUAAGUCAUUUAUGCUGACGAUAAAGUGCUUGAUAUUUCUAAUAUAUGUGAAUUGCAUCGUGACCAUUUUCAGACUGCUGUUUUGGAGCGACUGGGAAGACGGGGAUCCAAGAAUUGAACAAGCUUUGAUGGAUGGGUCAAACAGAACUCGAAUCAAGACAUCAGGCCUUAAGUACCCUAAUGGGCUUGCUAUAGAUUUUAGUGCUCAACGUCUGUAUUGGUGUGAUGGCGGGACCGAUGAAAUCGGAUCGAUGUCCUUCAAAGGAGAUGCGCAACAGAUUCAUUUUCGGUCGCCUCAUCCUUUUGCUGUGAGUGUAUUUAAAGAUGCGCUGUACUGGUCAGACUGGACUAAAAAAGCUAUCUUUAAAGCUCCUUUAAAUGGCAAGAAACUGGUGCUGAAACAGGACAAGGAAGUUCACUAUGGUGUGAGAGUAUAUGCUGAGGAAAAUCAACUAGGUAACAGUUAGAAGUUUGGUCGUUAAAAUUCCAUUGAAACUCCAAUGAAGGGGUGGUAGAGGAGGGAUAAACGUUAAAAAGGGUUGUCAAAGACUGCAAGUAUCUUUUUCUUUUACCAGCUGGUGUUUCUUUUUUUGGAUAGCUUCGAAAACCAUUACUUUUUUAGCUUGAGGUUCCAUGUUUGUGUUGUUCUGUUUUAAUUCAUGAAAGUGAAAACUGGCAGUGUUUUUUCACGCCUUCUGUCACACCACUUUUCACCAUGCGUCGAUCACUUGCUGUUCUAUCCCGGGCUUGGUUCAUUUGAAUUUAGUCAAAGCUACGUUAUCAAGAUUCAACCAAUUGCAACGGAUAGUAAGUAAGGAUCGCAUUUUCAGCCUUUGAUCUCUAUAAAAGGAAAUAUGAGAACAAUAUUUUGCCGCCAUGCAGCACGAUGUAGAUUGAUUCUAGUGGAAUUCACUCGCUCAAAGUCAUUCCCUCUUAAUCGUUAUUUUGGGCUCUUCUCUGUCACGAUUAAAUGUUUAUCGUUGUGUUUUUACAGGGAUUAGUGGUUGUAGCGUAGAAAAUGGCAACUGCAGCCAGCUGUGUUUUCCAAUGGGAUCAAUGCAUGUGAAGUGUUCAUGUGCAAUGGGAUAUGAAUUGGCAGCAGAUGGAAAGACCUGCAAUGGUGCGGAAACGUUUUUAAUAUACUCGACAGCUUCAGGUUUGUUCUCUAGAAUCGAUUUCAAUCGUCUCGUAAAAUAGCUGACUAACAGAGCGCGAGGUAGUUUAUUUAAGGACCUCACACCGUGACUCCGGAACAAUAUAGAGGUCAAGCAUCACGUUUACGACAAACGGCAAAGGCAAAUUUGUACCACGUGACCAAGUUUCCCCAUUUACUUGUCGUUUACUGUUCAUUACUUCUACGCAUAAAUUAGUAGUUUCACGCAAUUUUUUAUCCGUAAGAAUUGUUUUGAACUUUUUAAUCUGCUCAUUUUCUAUUUUGAGAAAUUCUGAACUUGAAUCUGACGUUUGUAGUUUGCCGUAUACGUGAAGCUUAAACUCUAUUACCAAGUACAGCCCUUGCGCUCGGUUAGUAAGGGGUUAUUAUUCGAUGGCUGAUCCCGAUAGAAGCACAUUAAAAAAACAUUAAAGAGAAGCGUGCGAGGCGCCUCAGUCAAAACGUUGUUGGGCAUAUACUUUGUAAAAUGGGGUUCAUAAUGGGUUCUUUUUAGGCAUAUUCGGUGAUUCUUAGUUAUAUUUACUUUCUUUCAAGAAUAGGAAUAAACCAAACCAACUGUGAAUCCCUUCAUACAGUGUAAGGCUAAAUCCUUUGCGUGUUUAAGCUUGCGCUUAGCUGAUUUUAAGCUCAACAUUCUGACUGAACUUGUGUUUUUUCAGUCAGUCUGUAAAUUCCCUGCCGGUAUGACAUUGCUACCGUACCUGGCAAAGGUUGAAAAAAAAAAAAUAGAAAAAUUAGUAACAACAAAAGAGUAAUAGGUUUAUUAAUUGUUUUCCAACGGUAAUAGAAUAUCGGAAUCCCUUUUUCAUAGAAAUCCGUGGUAUCUCGCUGAACCCUGGAAGCAAAGCAGAAGUAAUGCAGACUUUAGGAGUUCCUCGCAACUGCUUUGCUGUGGAUUUCUACUUUAAUUCCAGUCUGCUGUUCUUUGCGGAUGAUCGUUCAAAUACAAUAAGCCAAGUAUCUCGGGUUGGAACGGACAGUAAAGUUAUCAUAAACUCUGGUUUACGUCGGCCCCGGGGGCUUGCCGUUGAUUGGGUGGCUGGAAAUAUUUUUUGGACAGAUGCUGGAAACGAUGUUAUUGAGGUAUAUGUAUGAAUAGCAGAUUUUGUAACUUUUUGUAUUGAUGUUGGUUAUGACUAAGAUAAUAUAGGCCAUUUUCACAUUACAGUCGAACCUCCCGUAAGCAACCACCAAAAAUGCGAAGAUUUUGUGGUCCCUUACGGGAGUCGACAAACAGGGGGUCUCUUUCAAAAGCCUUCCUGACACAUCUUCUUUUGGAAGAUAUCCUAUUGUCAAUAA